AUGGAUGAGGUCGUGUAUGUUUUCUCAGCUAUGGGUGGUGGGAAGGAGGGAUAUUUCAAUUAAAGUGUGAAUAAAUUAGAAUUGAUUACAAAUAGGGCCAUUUGUUUAUACUGCCUAAAAAGGUAUUAGCUGAAAGCAUGCACCACUUAAUCAUUAUGGAAAGCAGGCUGAAAGCUAAUAAAAUGUGUGACGGAUAUUUGUGGAAUGACGGCAGGGCGGGGAAGGAGGGCUCUUUGCUCAGACCCCAACAGCAAGAAUAAAAUGGCUAAUAAAAGUACUUGAAGCACUUGGGAAUAUAUGCUCCUGCAGGGUAAUGCAGUGGCGUAGCGUGGGUUGUCAGCACCCGGGGCAAGGCAAGUAAUUUGCGCCCCCUAACCCGUGGAUUUGCGCCCCCUAACCCUAACCCCCAGAUGUUGCGCCCGGUGCGGCCGGCCCCCCUGCACCCCCCACGCUACGCCACUGGGGUAAUGUCCACCCAAGACUGCCAUUGCAGCUUGACCUGAGGGAGAACGAGACCUUAUUCCCCAGUUUUAUGGCUUAUUCAUCGAUCUACAGCCCCACAUUUGGGAACGAGCUUAGCAUAGGAAGUCCCUUUCUGAAAGGAACUAGUUCAAGUUCAGCGUGUCCGAAAAGGAACCAAUUCCAGUUCGUGUUUGACCCUUUACGAAACGAAAGAGUUCAGUUCACAGUUCACUUUGAGUUCACCCAAAUGUUCCUUGGCGCGCACACAAAAAUUCAGUGUUCAGAAUGUUGCAGGCUGCUGUGCUGAAGGAUAAAAUAUACUUAAGAAGGCUUUUAAAAACCCAUCAAAGCACACACACAGUGGAAUGUGAAUCGGUUAAUUAAUUUCCCCCUGCAGGUAUGAUCUUUAAGCUUGAAAGCCCCAAGAGUCUAAAGAAUAAAUACUCUCUCUCUCUCUCUCUCUCUCUCUUAAAGAUUAACUAGAAAUCAUUCAAAGUUCCACCCCAAAACUAACUUACGUCAAGUUCAUUUCACCCAGCAAGUAUGGGAACUACGUUCAGGUGUAGUUCAGAGAUUUUUUUAUUAAUUUGGUGAACUUUGUUAAUCUAAACCACUUCAUUCCCAAGCACUGGGACAGAGCUUUCCACACAACUGGAAGGAUGUACGAAACAAAGGUCUGCUUCCACUGUCUGCCAUAUGUAUGUCCUUAGAAUUAGAUCAAAAAGGUUAUAUAGUUGCUCUUUUUUCCACGAAAUGGAUCUCUUCACACUAGGAACAACAACAUAGCUACCCAAAUAAUCUGAAGCCAACCAAACAGGUGAGCCACUUGCCCUCAUCUUUCAGAUCCUUCUCUCAGUGACAUUUUGCUUUCCCCUUAUUUAUUUACCUACUUAAUUUAUUGGCCUGCCCCAUAGCGGAAGAACUCUAGGAAGCCAGGGUGGUGUAGUGGUUAGAGUGUCAGACUAGGACCUAGGAGGCCAGGGUUCAAAUCCUCACUCAGGAAGUUCAGUGGGUGACCUUGGGUCAGUCACAUCCUCUUAACCUACCUCACCGGGUCGUUGUAGGGAAUAACUGAGGAGUGGGGUGAACCAUGGACUCCCGGGAGAAAAAGGUGGGAUAUAAAUGCAAUAAAUAAGCUCUUCUGCUUACUUGGGGGGGGGGGAGUAGAGAUGUCAGUCAUCAACCUUGCAUCCAGAGAUGUCCACAUGGUCAUCAUUGGACCUGCACCAGUCGCAAAAUGCACCUGGCGCCUGGCUAAUUUCUAACACUGCUUCCACCUCCCAUCAGCCCCAGACAGCAUUGCCAGUGAUCAAGGAUGAUGGGACCUAUAGUCCAACUGUUUGGAGAGAACACCAUGUUAGGCUACCCCUGACGUAAAUCAGCAUACAAGAUGCUACUCUGCCCUUGAUUCCCCACUGCGUAAGACGUGGGGACCUGAGAUUCUCACACUUCACACUUUUGCCUAGAUCCAGCUAAGAGAGAGCACUUUUUCAGCAUAAAAAUUACUGGUAAUUGGGAUAUUUCAGAAAUUGCACGCCAGUGUUUAGAUUUUCAGCUAGAUGUAAUAAGAGCCGAGGUGGGUGGGAGCAUUUGAAUCUUUCAUGCAACAGACAAAACAUCUCUGUCCAAAUAGAACCUCUUAGAUGCUUGUUAUCCCACAAUCUGCUACCAGGCUGGCUGUUGAUGCAUUUUUGCUCUGUUAAGAGGCUGUGAUUCAGAUUCCUACAAAGGGACCUUGGUGAAAGGUUGUCGUUUGCAUAACCUCUUCACACAUUCAAGAAGCUUUUCACAGAUGGAAGGGAGGGAUGUGUGUCAGACUGAUAGCUCGUCCUUCGUGCUGCGUCAAGCUCCUAAUAUUAAAUUUCUGCUCUCGUAGUACUAUUAUUAUUAUUAUUAUUAUUAUUAUUAUUAUUCUCCAUUGCUCUGUAAAGUCCCAUGUUUAGGAGUAAGUGUUCUUGGGUGCUUUUGCCCUGGUCUGUUGGGGCAGAGGGUGGAUAGCUGGUGCUCAAGUGCACAAGUCAAAAGGCAGAGAGGACACCUUUACAAUUUAUUUCUUCCUCAUAUGACUUUGUCAGGGCUGUACUAUGUGUGGUGGACUGAAUUAGGAGCCAGGAACCAGGAGCUGUAAAGUCAAAAUCAAAGAGCAGUCAGAAUCGGAAAGCUAGACCUGCAGAACAAAAGCCAAAGCUUGGGCCUAGUCAUGGGAACACAUGGAGUUGCCUUCUACUGACCCACAUCAUUGGUCCAUCUAGUUCAGUAUUGUCUACACCUAUUGGCAGUAGCUCUCCAGGGUGUCUCCCAACCCUCCCUGGAGAUAUCAGGGAUCUGGGACCUUCUGCAAGUAGAACGGAUGCCCUACCAGUGAGCUACCUCCUUUCCCCAGGGCCGGCCCACCCAUGAGGCGACAGAAUCCCCAGGGAUCAGCAGAUCCCGAUGUAGAUCUUUAUCCCCUCCCUUGUUCCUGAUAUAGAUCUUUACUCACCCCUUUUUCCCUGGCAGGAACAGGUGUUCUGUCCUGUGGUUCUCCUCAAUGUCUUGACAAAACCUCAGGGAGGCCUCAGUGCUGCGAAAGGGACCCAUUUAUACUUCUUACUUGAUUGGUUCACCAGAUGACUCCUGACGGAGACAAGCCGCUACUUGCAGUUCAGUGGUUCACCACACGGGGCAGCGCUUGACUGCAGAAGCGUUACCCAUUGGGUUGGUUUGCAUGACUCGGUAGGGUAGGUGUCUAUGGUUGUUUUCAGUUCCCUCAUGCUGCCUCUAAUCUACCUGGUCUUUGGGGUCAGCCGGCCCUUCGGCUUUCUUGGAGUCCCAACCUCAACAUUCCCAUGAACCGGCCCUGCACACAAACACCCACCCACCCCCAGCCCUUCUCCCCAUGUAAAAUGAAUUUAUUCUGGUGGAAAACGCACCUUGCAAACUGAUUUUGUUUUGUGCUGAGCCAGUACUCCCAGACUUUAAAGCUGUCUCCCGUUGCAAUCCUAAAGCAAACUCACUAGGGAGUCGCCUCAAUGAGCUCAGUGGGUCUCACUGAGUGGGUCAACGCAGCAGGGACUGCACUGCGUGCUUCUUUAAUGUUUCUGGCGAGAAGUUCAAAAAAACACUUGGAUAUUUGCCUGAUUAAAGCAGACUCGGAUUUUUAUUCCCCCCGUUUUAUUUUAUUUUGCCAUAAGGCUUGCUCAAUUAGUUUCUUAAGUCCAUUGCUGUAUAAUUUGAUUAAAAUGUCUCUGGGUAGUCCCCGCCCUUACUUUACCUUCAUAUCGUGAUUGUAUUCCAAAAGUGGCCUCAAAUUUUCCUUGAUCGCCUUCCAAGUCUAAUAUAAUGAACUAAUCCAUUUCUCUUAAAAGGUUACCAACUGUCUAUCUCCUGUCCCUUCAGGGACAGCCCCUAAGUAGGAUAUUGUUAAAGAUAUUCAGCUCUUAAUAAGAUGUGAACGCACGCAUGGUGCCAACUCUUUUUUUCCUCUUUUGGAAUUCCCAAAUUACUCACAAUUCAUAAUUAACCUAUAGAAACCGCUGCCAAAAUGCUGUGUGAGGUCUGCAAGCACGAGCGGAUCUAGAUAGAGAUGAGGCAGUAGGUAUACAGGUGGAUCCAACCAGGCCCGUUUUUCCACUUGAAGGAGGUAAAGGAGAGGUGGCCAACUGCCCGUCCUUUAGCUAUGCUCUUCUGCUUUCUUGAGGAGGGUCAGCAGCCCAGUGGCAAAGCGCAUGCUUGGUGUGCAAGACGUUCCCAGGUUCAGUCUCAGACUUCUCCAGUUAGGACAGGGGACGAUUCCUAUACAGUGGUACCUCGGGUUACAGACGCUUCAGGUUACAGACACUUCAGGUUACAGACUCCGCUAACCCAGAAAUAGUACCUCAGGUUAAGAACUUUGCUUCAGGAUGAGAACAGACAUCAUGCCGCGGAGGCAGCAGGAGACCCCAUUAGCUAAAGUGGUACCUCACAUUAAGAACAGUUUCAGGUUAAGAACGGACCUCCAGAACGAAUUAAGUUCUUAACCCGAGGUACCACUGUAAACGUGAAUUUUACAUUGGUACAGUAGGUGUCAAGGAGCUGUCGGGCAAGCUUACAGGCCAUCCACAGGGCAGGAAAUAACUUGAGACUCAUAAUGCGAUUAGCUGUUAUUCACAGAAAGUAAUGACACAACUAAGUUCCUCUGGCUCUUCUCAUCUAGCUGGAGACGAAACUGACCCCUGCUUUCCCCCUCCAGCCUCUACCUCUGGAUCCCUCCCAAGCAGACAGAGACUGUGGUGAGGGGGUGGGCUCCCCCUCUGGGCCUGCCUGGUCGGAUGCUCAGCAAGACUCUCCUCUGGCAGGGUGUCACGGGAGGAGGGGACCCAGCAGGACUGGGCCUGUCCUGCUGCUGGGUUCCAGGAGCAACCUAUGACUUUGAGUCUGUGCUCACACUGAGACUCUCAGCCUCCAUCUCUGUCCUGGAAGGGCAUCCUUCUUCUGACUCCCCUUGAUUGCUCUAACCUCCUGCUUCUAGCACCUCCCAGCUCGUCCCUUCCCCAGUGUCCCAUGAUCCAUGAUCUAAGUCUUCUUCUUCGGUGUCAUCCCUGGGGGUCUCUUGGGCAAGCGGCGCCCUCCACUCUUCCUUGUCCAGCCAGUCCUUGACGCAAAUAGGGACACAGAAGACUGGUUUCUACGUACCCACACAGCUCUCCCUAUCCUCAAUCCAGGUAACUCAGAAGCAUUUUUGGAAUUCAGUAACAUAUCCCAGCCCAAACUGCUCAGUUCAUGGGGGCAAAUCAUAGGCAGUGAGGGCAGUGGCUCAGGAGAGUGUGUGGCCUAUGUAGAGUCUUGAGGGCCGGAUAGAGAGGUAUGGAGCUCCUUCUGCGACCCUCAGUUCCCUAUCCUGGUAUGGACCGUGCUGAAGGAAGUGGAGCAAUAGUGUCACUCACGUUCCUCUGGUGUGGGGUGGAGAGAGACUGUGCUUCUCUUAAGAGUCCUGAGAGAAGAGGAAGGAGCCCUAUGCGUUGGGCCUUCUUGGUAGUGAUGCCCACCCUGUGGAAUGCCCACCCAUCAGAUGUCAAAAAAAUAAACAACUAUCUAACAUUUAGAAGACAUCUGAAGGCAGCCCUGUUUAGGGAAGUUUUUAAUAACUGAUGUUUUAAUGUAUUUUAAAUCUUUUGUUGGAAGCCGCCCAGAGUGGCUGGGGAAACCCAGCCAGAUAGGCGGGGUAUAAAUAAUAAUAAUAAUAAUAAUAAUAAUAAUAAUAAUAAUAAUUAUUAUUAUUAUUAUUAUUAUUUCAGGAAGCCCCAUUAUAAAGAGAGACAACCAACCUUUCCUUACCAUCCCACUGGUCAUUGUGGUUGAUUUGGGAACCCCAGUUUGCACCAACGCAGCCAGAGGAAGGGAAACACAACUUCUCCUUUUCUCCAGAGCAUGUCACAUAGGACAAGAGAAGUGAGACCCGGGAAGAGAGGAAAUUGUGUUCCCAUCUCUCUAGCAUGCCCGAUACAAAGGGGGAGCCGGUUACAAGUCAGACUGAACCCUGGGAUGUUUUGCGUGCAAGGUGAAAGCUCUACCAAUGAGCUAUGAAGCCUUCCCCAGCUUGGACCAAUAGCAAGUGUAGAUAUUCCCAUCAUGCUCUUCUUUGAUCAUCUCACACGGCUAUCCAUGUUUGAAGGGUAGAGGUAGGUGGUUAGACUUUCUGUGACUCAGCAUUGAAAACCUCAGGAUCUGCAUCUCAGUAGCAGACGAGUUUAUAGGGGAGGAAAGAUGUUCCAGCAUAGAAAAUUUGCCACAUUCACAUUUCUUAGCCUGCUUUUUAUUUUUUAAGAGUUUGAAUUACUUUCUUUCUUAUGUCGUCUCUAAAACUGACAUUUUGCAGAGCUUGUAGCUAUCCAGAACAUUAACUGGAUUUUCACAUUUUUAGCACAUUAAUGAUGGGAAAUAUAGGACUGGCAUAUAUUAGCCCUAAAGGGGGAAGCUAUUCUAGUACAUGUUAAACUUUCCCAUCGUGCGACAAACACUGAGGGGAAGAAAAAGGCUGGUGCUUAGAAAUGGGGAGAUAGCAACUUCGGUUUUUUAACUCUCUCUUCUUAAUGUGGCUUUCCUCCCAUGAAUGGUGCCAAGCAAGCUGUUGAAUUGUAAGGUCAAUCUGCUGUCCAUGCGGAGAAAAAGAAAUCGGUGUUGUUAAUUAUCCUGCUGAUAUAAGCAGGGUGGGAUGUAUGCUGUGAUUCCUCAGGAACGCAGAAUGUGGUACGAAAUCUGGGUCCGGUUUCCUGAAUAGCUCUGCUUUCUUUCUUCUGUUUUCUGUUUUUAUGGCAAGUUUCUGGUCCUUAUGGAUGUGGAGAUAUGCUUGAGGAACUUCAGAAACCAGGUGGGUGGCUGCCUAGCUAAAUAAGAUCUCCAGUGGUUGGAGGCUGAGGUCUGGGGGUCUCUCUUGGCUCAUUCCGUGACUAAGCAAACAAUUGCUGAAAAUGCAUAAAGGUUGCAGGGUGUUUGCAAAAUAAAAGCAAUUUGGCAUUCUCCCAGUUUGCAUAACCUGUGCAGAUUGUGGGAUUUGGCUUUACCGUUGUGCUGAAUUUGGAAUGCCUAGGUGGGUAGAUUUAAUUUUAUUCCAGUGCAGAGUACGUGCUGCCCUGUUUUAUAAGCCUGGUGACACAGAAUAGCGUCGUGCCUGCAAACGAGAGCUCACAGGCACUUCUGUUCGUCCCUUUCCAGUGUUUUACUGCCAGCUUUUUUUACUAGCCCUUGCUCCUGUGCUUUCAAGUGCAGCCAGAUGUGCAGGCAUGAGAAGAUGGUGAUGAUACUCACCACAUCUGGAAAAGCCUCGCCUGCUGGUUUCUGCAAAUUUCAGUGCUGUUGAAAGGAACAGAUGCAGCAGCUGGGGUAGCUCAGUCAGCAGAGCAUAAGACAUUUAAUCUCAGGGUCAUAUGUUUGAGCCCCACCUUGGGCAAAAAAAUAUCGGGGGGGGGGUAUGACCUUUGUGGUCCCUUCCAACUCUACAAUGCUGUGAUUCUAAGACACAGGCAUUUUGGGAGUCAGUUGUCACUUGUUCAUAGUAGACUUCCUAGAAUUCUCUCCAUACACACUGUAUAUGGAUUUGGUUGGCUGGUUGGAAUUGGAUCAGCUUAACUGCGCAUCAUUGCAGCUAUAGUUUGUCAAAUUGUUUUGUGUAAAUCUAAGGGAGAAGGUUCAAGAAAAAGUUGGUUUUAAAAGGUGAUACAGUGGUACCUCGGGUUAAGUACUUAAUUCGUUCUGGAGGUCCGUUCUUAACCUAAAACUGUUCUUAACCUGAAGCACCACUUUAGCUAAUGGGGCCUCCUGCUGCCACCGCACCGCCAGAGCACAAUUUCUGUUCUCAUCCUGAAGUAAAUUUCUUAACCUGAAGCAGUAUUUCUGGGUUAGCGGAGUCUGUAACCUGAAGUGUAUGUAACCUGAAGCAUAUGUAACCUGAGGUAAAGGUAAAGGUAAAGGGACCCCUGACCAUUAGGUCCAGUUGUGACCGACUCUGGGGUUGCAGCGCUCAUCUCGCUUUAUUGGCCGAGGGAGCUGGCGUACAGCUUCCGGAUCAUGUGGCCAGCAAGACUAAGCCGCUUCUGGCAAACCAGAGCAGCGCACGGAAACGCCGUUUACCUUCCCGCCGGAGCGGUACCUAUUUAUCUACUUGCACUUUGACGUGCUUUCGAACUGCUAGGUUGGCAGGAGCAGGGACCGAGCAACAGGAGCUCACUCCGUCAUGGGGAUUCGAACUGCCGACCUUCUGAUCGGCAAGUCUUAGGCUCUGUGGUUUAACCCACAGCGCAACCCACAUCCCUUGUAUCCUGAGGUACCACUGUAUAAAAAAGGGAGACGGGAUGAGAUUGCAGGGUUUUAUUCUUUUUUAAUACAGCCUAUAAGUUGCAUCUUCUGUAGUUUGGAAUUACAUUGGGCCGUGGUGGAGGGAAUCUUAAUCCAUUCCAAGUGGCUUUUUCCCAUACAACCACGCUUAUUCCCAUGCAAGUUAUACACACUACUUUCAGCAAAUGGGACUCUACUAAUGAUGGGGCCUGUAAUUGAAAAUUAGUUUACUGCAGUCUUCACAGCCUCUUGAGACUAAAUAUAAAAGCAGAAAUGUAUAUGUCCAUGUACAGUAUAGAUGUAUCACACACACACUCUCUCUCACACACAGAGAGAGAAUACCUUUAAAACAUUCAGUGUCUGCAGCCUAUGAUUAAAUGAGUUUAUUAACAUUGCGAAGUUUUUGUGCAGGAUUUUAUUGUCAAAGUAAAAAAUUGACUAUUUUACUAUACUAUUUGCAGAGUACAGAAAUCUCUGUUGAAAAGGAAGGUGCAUGUGUGUGUUUAAGAGAUGUGAGGUGGGGCGGGGGUGGGGGACAAGGAGAUAUUCAGUCUUGAUCCUUUUUGUCUUUGGAACCAGCAGGCUGGCAAGUUGAGAGCCAUUUGCAGGUUUGCCAAAAGCACAAUUAGCUAAUAACUGGCUUGAAACUGUUAGGGAUUUGAUGUGUGUUUUUGGUAAAUGGUUCUGAAAUGAUUGAUGGAAUUGGAAAGAAAGCAGUAGGGUCUAGCUAAACCCUUUAAUUUUGAGAAACGGGGGUCACCAGUCCUCUGUGCUUAAUUGCCAAAAUUUCUUCUCCAAACCAGUCUUGCAUCACAACACACACACACACACACACAUACACACAUUUAGAAUCACUCUUUCUCCCUCCCUAGCCCAGCUAAUUUGUCCCCUGCUGGCCCACAGUUACACAAUCUGACUCUUUUUAGCCAUUUUUCAUCCUUUACUGGGUUGAUUAAGGUGAGAUUGUAUUGGUGCCUGGUUGCUCUUGGUUGGCUGUAUUGGUUGUCAAGCCUCUUUCUCCAGUGACAAUAAAUGGAUGCCUUCGUGGGGCAGCUUUUGCAUCAAUAUUUCCAGAAUGGAAAGCAUGAGUGACUUAAUGGGGUGCAUUAAAUCAAUUCAUUAAUCACAUAUUCCAAACGUAGAUAUAUUAAAAAAUGAUAACAAUCCGACAUUAAUCGGAGCCAAUCUUCCUCAGCCCAAGAUCGUUCUAGCGACAAAAAUUGCAAUAGCAUCUGUUGAGCUCAGAAAUGCAUCUCAAGACCGUUUUCCAAACAACAAAUGGUUUUUGUUCUGCUGCUUAGUCAAAAGAGAUGCUGUAUGUUUUUUGUGUUGUUUAAUAUGAAGACAUAAUAUUAAUCCCAGCUUCUCCCAAGGGUAGUUUACAAUGUGAAACCAAAAAUCCCAAGACGAGAAAAAUAGACAAUGUUUGCAAUGUUUGUCGCGUUUACAAAGAACAGCAAAGCAGGACAAAUUCCAAGCCCGGGUUCCCUUUUAGUGAGAUGGGUCGUCUAUUUCUGACACACGUCACUUUUCCAUGUGUUUGGCGUACCCUGUUUCCACAAUACUCCGUGAUGAUUUUAAGUGAAUGCCAAAGAAUUGCAUUCAAAUUGAUGUACAAACCUAGGAGGCAAAAAUGAGGGCCAUUCAGUUAAAAAUGUGGACCAAACCAAAUUCUUCUCCAUCUCUGUUUUCUCUCAUGUUUUCUCUCCCUGCAUUCAGUCUCCCUGUCUCCUUGAACCUCCGUUAAAAGUCGCCCCAUUCUCUGCUUCUCUUACCAGUGACAGCAUUGCACUGCAAACCCCACACCCUCCAACAUUCCUCAGGUGAAAAUAGGGACGUUUCCCACUCCCCCCACCACCACAACCGACCCUCCUUGACCCCCCAUUUUUUGUCUGCCCGUCCUCCAUUGCUUUUAAACAGAAAUAAUCUGUAGGACGGCCAGGGCCGGAUUUAGGUUUGAUGAGGCGCUAAGCUACUGAAGGUAAUGGGGUCCUUUCUGUGUCCAGCUGUCCUUUAUCAACAACAAAUUGUCUGUGCUGUUUUUUGUGUUGAAUAUAUGCUAUAUGGUAAUUUAUGGACCUAAUAGGUAUCUAAAGCCCUUUCCACAUGCAGAAUGUAGGCACCCUAUAUAUUGUUGUUGUUGCUGUUUAGUCGUUUAGUCGUGUCCGACUCUUCAUGACCCCAUGGACCAGAGCAUGCCAGGCACUCCUGUCUUCCACUGCCUCCCACAGUUUGGUCAAACUCAUGCUGGUAGCCUUGAGAACACUGUCCAACCAUCUCGUCCUCUGUCGUCCUCUUCUCCUUGUGCCCUCAGUCUUUCCCAACAUCAGGGUCUUUUCCAGGGAGUCUUCUCUUCUCAUGAGGUGGCCAAAGUAUUGGAGCCUCAGCUUCAGGAUCUGUCCUUCCAGUGAGCACUCAGGGCUGAUUUCAUUCAGAAUGGAUAGGUUUGAUCUUCUUGCAGUCCAUGGGACUCUCAAGAGUCUCCUCCAGCACCAUAAUUCAAAAGCAUCAAUUCUUCGGCGAUCAGCCUUCUUUAUGGUCCAGCUCUCACUUCCAUACAUCACUACUGGGAAAACCAUACGGACCUUUGUCAGCAAGGUGAUGGCUUUGCUUUUUAAGAUGCUGUCUAGGUUUGUCAUUGCCUAUAUAUAGAAAUAAGCAAACCAAUGAUAUUUUAGGGAGCAGGCUAGAAAGCGGGGCACCAUUACUUACAUCAUAGGAACCUACACAACACAAAACACUGUUUCUGUAUGUAGGUUUUAUUUUAUUUGGUUUUUAUCUUAUAUUUUGGAAAUGUACACCCAGGUGUUUCUCUUUUCUUUAAGUUUUUUUGGGGUCUCCCAAGAGAGUGGGGCCCUAAGCUAUAGCUUGUUUAGCUUAUAUGUAAAUCCAGCACCGAGGACGGGGACUCAGUUCAGCGUCACUCAGUUGCUUUCAUAUUGCCAUCUACAUUUGUUUUCCUAUCUCUUUUUUGCUUUUAUUCCUGUUGUGUCUCCCCUAAUGCGAUGCCAGCUUUGCAGAUGUGAGCUGGUCCGGCGAUGAGUCUAACCAGAUGUGCCGCACCAGAUGUUUACAUUUGCAUGCACAGUUACUCCCAGGGUCAUUGUUAAUUUAUUAUUUUCCCCCUCUCUGUCUCCUGUUAGGUAUGAUUAUCGUGAAAUGCUGCACAAUGCCACUUUCUGUCUCGUCCCUCGUGGCCGGAGGCUGGGAUCCUUCAGGUUCCUGGAGGCCCUGCAGGUAAGAUCAACCGUUUGACUAGAGACUUAGAGCCGUUUAGCACUCCUGUCAGCUGGAAUUCUGUGCUGCGUGAUAGCCAGGCAAGAGGAAGGCGGAUUGGAGAUUUCAUUUCCCUAAUAGUCCAUAAUCCAGCGUUCCUACUUCAGGAGCAGUCAGCAGCUAUUUUGCCCGCACCAAAGCUGGGUUGUCUUAGCCUAUAGUUACCAGAUUUUUUUCAAUGAAUCCGGGGACACUUACUUACUUACUUACUUACUUACUUGAAGCUGAGUAGCAACAGGGAGUCAGUAGUGGGGAUGGUGAGGCAAAAGACCCUGGGCCCAAGCACACAUGCAUAUUGUAUAAAGGUGCAAAGCCCUUCUUUCUCACCCUGUGAAACAUAAAUGCACAGUUUUUUAAAAAACUGGGCAACGGCGUGCUGCCUGCCCGUGACUCCCAAGCCUUCCCUGAUCUCCUGCCCUCUUCCCCCUUUGUUUUGACAGAUCGGGGGAGGCUCGGGAGUCGCGGGCAGGCAGCACGCCGUUGCCCAGUUUUUUAAAAAAAACUCUGCGCAUUUGUGUUUCGCAGGGUGCAAAAGAAGGGCUUUGCACCUUGCCUGGCAGAGAAACCGUGCGCCUUGUGCCCCUCCUGGGCAACAGCCAUGUGCCCGCGACUCCUGAGCCUCCCCCAAUCUGUGAAAACAAAGGGGAAGGGGGCAGGAGUUCUGUACCACCAGUCGUCCCCGGUUCACCUUUGGCAGUGGUGGCGGCAGCGAGUAGCGAGCAGCUCCUGAAGCCAGCCAGAGCCAACUGCGCUACCAGGAUGCUGCUGCCACGUUUCCCGGGGACGGAGUUGCAAAUCUGGGGACAUUCCAGGGAUGGAAUUUGUCCGGGGACAGAUUUGUAAAUCUGGGGACUGUCCCCGGGAACCGGGGGCGUCUGGUAACCCUAACUUAGCCUAAGAGGGUUUGUUGAACUUGGGGAGUUUGUGCUGGGUGGUGGGGUAGAGAGAAUCUAUAUUCCUGGAGAAACACUGACUUCAUCCAACCAGGAAGUUAGGAGGAAAUAAAUAAUACAGCUCAUUGUUUUAAUUCAGCCGAGACAAAAUUGCCUAUAAAUUCUGCCCGGGUUUUCACAUUGCAUACUAAGUAAGUUUUAAGUGACGGCAUCAAUUAGGUUGGAUUUUGAACAGGCAGGCGACAGGGAAGCGAUCUGCCGGGGAGAGCACGCCCAGGGUUAAAAUGGCAUGAAAAUAACUGUUAAAAAAUAAAGGGCAUCUCUGCAGCAAAAGGCUGGGGUCGGGAGUGUUCUUCUUUGCCGCGGUGACGUCUGUCCUUGACCCCGCAUUGAUCCACCAGGAUUUCAAAACAGCAGGCACUGGAAACGGUAGGGUCAGUUGUGAAUGGCACAGUUGUGAAUUGAAAGGAAAUGAGCCUGUUACCAUGGCACACAAGUGGAGGUGCAGGAGGCCAUGCCUUUAAAAGGAAAGAUGCCGCGUUUACAAAUUUGGAUCCCACAAAACAAAACGCCCAAACCAUCAAAGGCCAAGAUAGAGAGUAUGACCGAAGCUGUAAAAUGAAGUUGCUGGAAGCAGCCCUGUGGAGAAGGGCUUCAGGAAAGGUCUCUUCCCGGCUGGAAUUCCCCCACACUCUGAAGGUGCUGGAGCUACCGAGAGAUAUAAAUAGAAUACAAUGGAAUCCAUAUAUUAAAAUCUAAAAUUCUAAUCACUGAUAUAACCAAGCUAGGAAUUAAUAGCCAGCAGGGGCCUGGGUGAACAGGUGAGUUUUAAGGAGGCACCCAAAGCUCAUCAGAGUUUAGACCCGCCUUCUUUAGAGGAUAUGGAAUUCCGUAGGCUGGGUGCCACCACAGAGAAGGCCCUCCCCACUGGGUUGCCAUGGAAUGUGCUUCAACUGGGGUCGGUAAAACCAGGAGAGCCUUUUCUGAGGACCUCGACAUGCAGGAAGGUCUUUUGUGGGUGCAGGCCUUCCUCCAGCUAUCCAGACCUGAAGUCAUUAGGGCAUUGUAUAUCAACAAAAGCACCUUCAUCCCUCGUAACCUCUCUCAGUGGGUGGGUGGGUGUAUACACACACAAAGAACCUACCCGCUACGCUAACACUGUGUGACAGAAUGAGAGAACAACACCCCCAUCUCUCUCUCUCCCCUCUCUUUUCCCCCAAGUGCAAGAUGUCUGUGACAAAGGCGUCUCUCACUAUGUGUAAAUGAACCAUGAAAAAGGCUCUGUGAAUUGAAAGGGGAGGUGCCAUGUACUUUUCUGUGUUUUGAAAAUCUUUAAUAUAAAAAUCCUAUUUUUUAUUUUUUAAAAAAUAAUAAGCACCUUCGUUUUGGCUCAGUAGCCAAUUAGUAGCCAUGGCAAACCCUCCAGAACCGGUGCAAUAUGAUUGCGAUAGGGUGGCCCACGCAGCGACGUAGCUGCCGUGUUCUGCAUUUGCUGGACCUUCUGACCCAACAGCAAGCCCACACAGGGGUGUACCAACGGGCCUGUACCAAUCUGUGUGUACCCAUGCAAGUAGCCAGGCAUUAGAGGGAAUAAACAAGGCCCACUCCAUUGAUAGGCUUCCCACUCUGUCUCUGUGGUCUGAGUAUAUGAGCCCUCCAAUAGUGGACCUGCCAGACCCAAGGUUCAGUGAUCCUCAGAAUGUGGCAUGACAGUGGUCCCACAAUACUUUUCAACAUAAUUCUCUAUUAAAGUCCCAGUUCUGCAGAAUAGGCUGCAAUUUCAUUGCCACGGGGCCUUGGAAGGGCCAGCGUGCCUUUGCUGCAAUUGUUUCCAUUUUCCUGAUUUUAAUGAUUGCCUACGCAGGCUGCCUGUGUUCCUGUGAUGCUCAGCAAUGGAUGGGAGCUGCCAUUCUCCGAAGUGAUUGAUUGGAAUCAAGCUGCCGUCAUAGGGGAUGAGAGAUUGUUAUUACAGGUAAGGCGGGGGAGGGGAGAGGAGGGAGAAACCGCGGCCUUCGUCAGAGUGGUUGACAGUGGCAGCCAUUUCCCACACUUCCAGGAAAGAUGUAUCCGAAAGGUCAUGGCUAUAAAAGAGAUUUUUAUCAGGAGGGAUUUGUCUGUGUCAUUGUGAAUAUUAACUCAUUUAAUAAGGCAUCAUUCACUUUCUGACAUGAAGGUCACUCAGGCCUCCAAAUGUCUUGGUUAAAAAUGUACGAGCAGCUCAUUUCUUUUUUUAGAGAAAUGCACACGAGCUUCUGAGUUGCAAAGUGCUUGGAAGGGAAAAGUUUCUUUCAACUUCCAAGAUAUUCAUGGUUCUGAACGGUCUCAAUGGCUGGUAUCUGACUUACCCUCACAAGAGACCAGUUGAAGUCAACAGACUUAAAUAGGUGUUUUGAGGUGCAGACGUGUACUUUUCAUUCAAAGUACGCAUUUAUAUGCGUGUUUUGAUGGUUUAAACAUCCGAAGGGUAGAUUCUGUUGGGUAGCUAAGUUCCAAUCCACACAUUAGUCCAAGAGCUGCAGAUCAGUACGGGAAUUUUCAAAGUUCAUAUUCCUCAAAACAAGACACCGGACCCUUCCUAGUCUCCUAUUCCCCUUUCUCUAGGGGGACAGGAAGUUGGAUGCAAUAGUAUUCCACACUACAAGACAUUAUUUGGGGGCAGCUCAGAAUGGCUUCACGAUGGGAUAUGAUGUAGAAACAUAGGGAAAGGAUAGACAUGUCCCUUGGAUCUUUUUCGCCUCUUCCAUGGGCCAAUUAUUGCAAACCAGUAGUUUCUUGGGAAGAGAAAGUGAGAUCAGCCAAGCUACACAGUCAGGCCAGGCCCACACAAAGAUACCAUUUUGUAUAUAAAAAUUUUAUUUGCUUUUCUGUUACAUAUUUCACAUUUAUACAAUAACCACCCAAACACUCCCAAUAGUCUUGAUUUCCCUCCCCCUCCUUCCAUGGUGUCUUCAGUUACCCAUCUACUCUGCAUAUGCUAAAUAUUCCAUACCUUCCCCUCUCAUCUUAUUUUUACCUCACUUUACCUUAUACCGCUGAAUCUACUCUAAUCCUGCUAACGCAUUUACCUGCCGACACUGACUUUUAAUAUACCGUAUUUUUUGCACCAUAACACUCACUUUUUUCCUCCUAGAAAGUAAGGGGAAAUGUCUGUGCGUGUUAUGGAGCGAAUGCCUGCGGGUGGUGGGGGAGAUCUGCUGCAGUCGUGAGCAGAGGAUCCAUGGUUCCCCUUCCUUCCCUCCUCCGUGGUUACAAAGCAUGGAUCCACAUGGAUCCUCAGGAUUUUUGCAUUGGGCUACUCCAAACUCACUGUCAGAUCACAUGUCUGUGGCCACAGCAUGAACCACAAAAAUCAUAUAUCCACUAUUUCGUUUAGAAUAUUUUUCUCUUGUUUUCCUCCUCUAAAAACUAUGUGUGUGUUAUGGUCUGGUGCGUGUUAUAGAGCGAAAAAUACGGUAAUCUACAAAUAUUUUCCAAUCUUCUUUGUACGUUCUAUCAUCUUGAUCAGACCUGCUAAUGCUGCAUAUUCCAACAUCUUAAGAUACCAUUCCUCCUUCUCCAGUAAUUUGAAAUAUACCAUUCUGUAAUGAGUGAGGACAUAAGGUGAGCCCUGGGGCUCAAGGCCGUUUUGUUUCCACAGCGGCUUACCAGAUACUUGUGGACAUCCUGAAAGCAGUGGACCUGCUCCCAUUUUGUUGUUGUUGUUGUUCAGUCGUUUAUUCAUGUCCGACUCUUUGUGACCCCAUGGACCAGAGCACACCAGGCACUCCUGUCUUCCAUGCCUCCCACAGUUUGGUCAAACUCAUGUUCAUAGCUUUGAGAACACUGUCCAACCAUCUCGUCCUCUGUCAUCCCCUUCUGCCCUCCAUCUUUCCCAACAGGGUCUUUCCUAGGGAGUCUUCUCUUCUCAUGAGGUGGCCAAAGUAUUGGAGUCUCAGCUUCAGGAUCUGUCCUUCCAGUGAGCACUCAGGGCUGAUUUCAUUCAGAAUGGAUAAGUUUGAUCUUCUUGCAGUCCAUGAGACUCUCAAGAGUCUCCUCCAGCACCAUAAUUCAAAAGUGUCAAUUCUUCGGCGAUCAGCCUUCUUUAUGGUCCAGCUCUCACUUCCAUACAUCUCUACUGGGAAAACCAUGGCUUUAACUAUAUUCACUAGUAUUCAGGGGCAUAUUGCCUCUGGCUCUUGAGGCAGUGCACAACCAUCCUAAUCGAUCGCCAUUAAUAGCAUGAGGCUCCGUGAAUUUAUCUAACCUCCCAUGAAAGCCAUCUGAGUUGGUGACCAUUGCUGUUCCUUGCAAGUAGCAGGUUCUGCCGUUGAAUUACGCCCUGUGUGAAGCAGCCCUCUGUUUGGUCUGUCUCGAAUCUCCCACCAUUCGUCUUAAUUGGAUGACCCAGUAUUGUCAGGGACUGGACCGAAGAGGAGGGGGAGAAGGAGGGUUGGAGAUCACCCCCUCCUUCUCCUCUGCUUCCCUCGGAGGAGGACGGGGAAUGGUUGAGAUUGCCCCCCCCACCCUUCUCCAGUAGCUUCCAGAAAAGAGGGAGACAGGAUUGAAUUACAGCAGAACUCAGAACAGCUUAGUUAUGAGGUGUUAGGAGAAGGAGGGGGAGAACAGCCAGCUUGGAAAGCAUAGAAGAGCCAAACUUCCCGAGAUCUCAUCGCCCAAUUAGAGUUCAAGAGCAAUGGGCUCAAGGACAUUUGACUACUGCCCCCCCCUCAAAGAGCCAAGAGCUGUUGCUGGGGAGAGAAGGGCAGGAGCUCAGAGUGAGCAAUGUCACUAUGGAGUAAAGGACAGGAUUCUUUGUCUUGCACCACGAUGACUGAAUAAAACCAUAAAUACUUUCUUGUUUCUUCCUUGCUCUUUGAUGCUACGGGGGGGCGGGGGCGGAGAGAAUCCCCCAGGCCUGACAGCAAGAGAGGAAGGGAAAAUUCACCCUAUUCAUUUUCUCCCUGCCGGUCCUGAUUUUAUGCACCUCUGUCUGCUCUUCCAACGUCAGGGAAACAGAGGCAAAUCCCUGCAUCUUGAUGCAUCUGGAUGCAAGGAACUGAAACUGGGGUCCUUUCGCGUGCAAAGCAUAGAAUCAAAGACUUGUAAAGCUAGGAUCAUCAAGUCCAACCCUCUGCAAUGCAGGAAUACAGUGGUACCUCAGGUUACAUACGCUUCAGGUUACAUACGCUUCAGGUUACAUACUCCACUAACCCAGAAAUAGUGCUUCAGGUUAAGAACUUUGCUUCAGGAUGAGAACAGAAAUCGUGCUCCGGCAGCGUGCUAAAGUGGUGCUUCAGGUUAAGAACAGUUUCAGGUUAAGUACGGAUCUCCGGAACGAAUUAAGUACUUAACCUGAGGUACCACUGUAUACAGCUAUCCCAUAUGGGGAUCAAACCUGCAACCUUGGUGUUAUCCACACUUGAACCAGCUGAGCUAUCCAGCAGUCCAGCACAGCUCUAUUGCUUGAUUAUGGCCCCUGCCAUGCAACCGAAAUAUCUAAAUCUUGCACAUUUUGAAAAUCUGCAUGACCCAGCUGCAGGAUCUGGGCUUUCUGGUUGCAGAAGGCAAAGGGAAGGAAGGAUUCCAGGUCUCCCUCUCUUCUCUCCCCCCCUCCACUUGCCUCCCCACAUGGGGACAUUAAUGUUCCAAAUCUUUGUCCUGUUCUUGUAAUGCAGAAUUGAUUCUCUUCACAGCUGCUUCCUUACCAAGGCAAGCUACUAUGCCAUUAUUAACAGUGGUUUUUAAAGACCUGGCGCUGAGCCAGAAUGUCUGCUCUGGGAAAUGUUUUUGUUGUGUUACAGUUUCCCAUUUCUCAUUUUUAGACUAGCUCGGAUGUUUUUAUUUACAUAUUCUCUUCAUCCUUGCACCAGCUCCCACUCCAGGGAAGCUUGAACCAGUUAGACGCUCUCUGUCUCUCUCUCUCUCUCUCUCCCCCCCCCCAUCCUACCCCCCUUUUUUAAUGCAAAAGUCAUUCCCCCUCCCCACCUUCUCUUCCCCAUUAUUACACAAAUGACCUGCUAUUAAAACGUCAUCCCUUUCUAAUAAUUCUAGUGUAUUUGUGGCAGAUCAGCACAGAUCCAUCAUUUCCCACACCUAACUUCUAGGCCAAGAAGAUUAAUAGCAAAUAGCCAAGCACGGUUAAAAAUGGGAGCUCUGGUUUCGGCUCCCAUCUGUUAGAAGCGAAUCAACUCACACAAAAAUAUAUAGUUUAGAAAAUAAGCUUUUCCCCUGCUUUGCAAAUAUGAAUGGCUCACUCUGUCUAAUGGAUUUGAUGCUUCUUCGUUGCACACACAGGUAUCUAUCAAAAGAUUCGGCUGAAAGCACUUGGGCAAAAAUAACUUAAUGCGAUCAAUGCAAAUUUAUACUACAAAAAUAGCUGCCUAACAAGUAAAAAUGCAUACGCUUAAACAUUGCAAAAAACCUGUCUCCAAAUGCACGUGGCCAUUAAACAUUCUACCUGUACAUAUUGCCCAGAUAUUUUCGCCCUAUAACGUUUUAGCCAUGAGCAAGGCUGCAAGAACAAUUCAAAAUACCGGUUUAGUGAAAAAAAUAAGUGAAAGUAGGCUGCAAUUAUAAAUGCGCUUACUCAUGAGUAACCCUCAUUGGAUACAUGGGACUCGCUUCUGAUUGCACAGUUAGGUUUGGGUAUUAGGUUAUCUGUUGCAAUCUGCCUUAGGAAGAGGUUAUUUGGAAAGGCAACUGAGCAGUUUUUAAAUAAUACUCUAGCAUCAUAGGAAAAAUGCACCUUCUGCAUAAUAACCAGGGUCUCAGCAGUCCUGGUCUGGCUAUGAAAGGUUGAUAUAUCUGGCUGUUCUCCUCCUCCUGGCCCUUUUUUUUCGUUUUUGGCAUAAUUUUGGCCACAACUUUAUUGAAUUACAGUAAGUGAGUGGUUGCUUAGGCAUUGGUUAGCGACUAUCGGUUCCCACUUGGAGGUAGGAACAGAACUGACAACCACACCCAUGCGGAAGUCAGUAGGGGUAAACAAUUUUGGGGAGAGAAAAAGCUGGGCACCAGGCUCUCCCCUCUCCCCAAGGGCUCCCUGGGGUUCUUGCAUGGCCCUAGCCCUUUGCCAGGGAUACGGACAAAAGCAUGGUGAGCCCUUGGAUUCCUUUAAUGGAAUACCCUUGCAGCAGCAGCAUUGGAGAGGCAGGCACAGCCAACCACAUCCCCUCCACCAACCCAAAAAUUAACCAAUGCCUAACUGCAACCUUACAAGUUGUAACGAUUUGCUACCAAGUAGGCAAAACCAAAUGGCACCAGCCAAUCAGCCAAAUGGUGAAAUUCCUACCAGGCCCCUGCCCCAAAGCAAAUGACCCCAUGACAGGCAUAGCAAGGUCGGUGCAAACAAAUCCUAAAUAAAGGGAGGGUGGGCGGGUAAUCCGAUGUGCGCAGUGAAAAGAAGAAGCUUAACGCUGCGCACAGGGACCUAUAUAGCACCCCCAUCAAUCAAAUAAAAUUGCAAAAAUCAAUUUUCCCCAGCAACAUUGGAGGUGCCCAGUCAAAUCCGUGGCCAUCCAAACUAACCCGCCCAGCAACAGGGGAUGUCAUGGUUGCUCCCACCGCAACACGUGCUCUCCAUGAAGGAGAACCCACUUUGUAGUUCAACAACCUAUCCCAUUGUCUUGGGACCUUUUGUUUCACACCUGACAUUCAUUAUGGGCUUAAUGUUUUGCUGAAGCAAUCUCAGGAAAGUUGGGCAUUUCAAACUGAGCUGCUUUUAGUUGAACUUGAUGCCAAGUCUAUAUGAAAUCUGUGCUUGACAUAAGGAGAUCCUUGCCACCAAGCUGUUCCAGCUGCCCCUCCCAAGAGGCUAUGCAGAGAACAGAUGUAUUCUAAUUAAGAAUAUUUUAUUGGGAAAUGGAUUUUCCCCAACCCCCUCCGAUAAGUGAGAAGGGUGUGCGUGAGUGAGAAAGCAUUCUCUGUGUGUAAUCUAAUAUCUAAGAGGAAAAUGCAGAGCAGCACAAAUCAAAAGCAAACAUAGGUGCUUUCCUUGUGCAUAAUUAGUCCGGAAAGAAUAUAUGAAAAAAUAUAUGAAUAUUUGAAAGGCUUAGAGGGAAUUCAGCCCUCUAAUGAGAAAACACUAUGCUCCAAACAAAAGGAAGGAUUUAUUUCUGCACCCCUUUCAGAUAAGCUUGUCUAAAUAAACAGCAGAAAGUGAAGAACAGAAAAGUACCUGGGUGCAUUUAUUUUGCUGUGUCCGCGUAUAUUCCUUGAAUGAAUCUGCAAGGUGCCUGAAGGCAAUGAGUUGGGCAAACCUCAAUCUUGCAUGGUCUAUUUCUUUCUUUUCCCCCUUGUUUGUUUGUGGAACGCGAAUCCCUGUGGUCCAGCAAUGAGUGUAAGAAUUAGAAAGCAAGAACACACACUUGGGAAGGUAUUAAAGCAUAACUCAGCUGGGUUAACUGGUCCCAAGUAGGUACUCCUGCUUUUAAGAACACAAUCCAGCCUGGCUGGAUAUAGAUCGAAGUCUAGUUAGUCCUGUGUUCUUUGCUUGGAUUCUUGGAAACAGAAGGCAUUAGGUGGUACCCUGGAAAUCUAGUAUCAGUGGCCACUAGCCGCAGUGGCUAAGUUCUACCUCCGCUAUCAGUGUGACUCUGAAUAAGUUGCUAUGAGUCAUAGGUGGGCAGAGUGUUGCGUUCAUGUCCAUUUGCAAGCUUCCCACAGGUGUCUGGUUGGCCACUGUGAGAGCAGAACAUUGGAGAAGAUGCCCCAUUGGCCUAAAUUGACAUGCUCAUGCUAUGAUCUAGUUUUUGGCCACGUGUGAUCUAGUCCCCAUGGGUAGCCAAUGUGGUGCUUUCCGGAUAUUGCUGGACUGUAGCACCCAUAGUCCCAGCUGGCAGGGCUGAUGAGAGCUGGAGUCCAGGAAUAUCUGGAGAUUAAAGGUAAAGGACCCCUGGACAGUUAAGUCCAGUCAAAGGUGACUAUGGGGUGCGGAGCUCAUCUCGCUUUUCAGGCUGAGGGAGCCGGCAUUUGUCCACAGAUAGCUUUCCAGGUCAUGUGGCCAGCAUGACUAAACCGCUUCUGGUGCAACGGGACACCGUGACGGAAACCAGAGCACAUGGAAAUGCAGUUCAUCUUCCUGCCACAGUGGUACCUAUUUUUCUACUUGCACUGGCGCUCUUUCAAACUGCUAAAUUGGCAGGAGCUGGGACAGAGCAAUGGGAGCUCACCUGUCAGAGAAGUUCCUUCACUUAUAUCACCCCAUUGCGGGGAUUCAAACUGCUGACCUUCUGAUCGGCAAGCCCAAGAGGCUCAGUGGUUUAGACCACAGUGCCACCUGUGUCCCAUAUCUGGAGGCCACCAUCCUGACAACCCCUAAUCUAGUUAAACCACUUUCCCUAUGGGUGGCCAUGUUGAACUGGGAAUGAAGCACAUUGAGCUAGUUAAUAUAUUGACAGUACAGGACCAUAUCUUUUUUAAAAACAAAAUUUUAUUGGUUUUGAAACAAAUACAACAACCAUUAAACAAUUAUCUAGCAGUACAACUAAUUUUGUUUGUUUUACCCCUUGUCUCUAGACAUACACUUAACACAGUCAGCAUUCAGACAUAACGUAACCUCUCCAUUGAGAAUAUUGAGUGGUUGGUAUAAGGAGGUCUUGAUUUUGGUCAUUAACAUUAAAGAAAGGGGUCCACGUUUCUUGGAAAGUGUCUCUAUUAGUAUGUCUUUAAUGGUCCUCCUGUGUCUGGUAAGAUGCUCAGAUAUUGCUGUAUCCCAGAUAUUAUUUUCCCAUAUGUCCAGGGGUAUUUCAUUCUGGUUCUUCCAUUUCUGGGCUAUCAUUAAUCGUGCCACAGUCAGUAAGAAGCCUACUGUUCAUCGUGGCAGAGCGUGGAGCCUAAGUCUAUGUCCAAAGAUCGUAGGGCUAAGGCAGGAUUUGGAGAAAGUGGUUGGCCUGUAAUUGGACCAUAUCUGAGGGGUCAUAUCUGUCAGGUCAUACAGCCUCUGUUGGGGUUGCUUGUCUAGUCAAGCCAGCUUCCUACUACUGAGAAGAAGGGGGAAAUGAGAAAGGAACUGAACCUUUCUGAUUUUGAAAGAUUAUAGGGCACCCACACUGAGGGCACUGGAACCCCAAAAUAAGAAUAACAACUACAGGGCAUUGAUGCUAAAUUCUCACAACCAUUUUAAAGGUGGAGGGAAAGAGUGGCAGCGCGCUGUUAACUUGGUAAAAGAGAUCUCCCUGGCAGGGUAAGGUUGCUAACCGAUCUUGUUCUGGAAAAGUCUCUGAUUUUGCAAACUCUCAGAAGUGUGGGAAGCACAGCCUGUCCAGUCGGAAGUGGGACAGAGAGACAGCAGCACAAACGAGCAGCCUGUAUAAUUCAAUUUCCAAUUACUGCUAUCACGGCUGCUGCUGUUGUCUGACAGUGUGGAUUGUGUGCUUCAAAUGGGAGCCAAAUGCACUAUGCGCUGAUCUAUAAAACCUAAACUGAUUGUGCCGUAAACGGAUCAUCUGGAAAGGCCCCCAGAAGUGCCUUAAUGUUCUCGGGUUGCAAUGUUUUCUACACUGCCUGAUUUGUUUCAACGUUGUAUUACAGAUCCCUUCUACAAUCAGGUCUAUCCAUCAGGAUAAAAUCCUAGCACUUAGACAGCAGACACAGUUCUUGUGGGAGGCUUAUUUUUCUUCGGUUGAGAAGAUUGUAUUGACCACGCUAGAGGUGAGUAACUGUUCUCAGAUAUUAGUUGAGGCGUUGGCGGUCCCAGUGCCCAGGCUUUGUCUGACCUUGGCUCUUGAGGGGGGAGACAGUGGGUCGCUCGGGAGGGGGUUGUGUGCACAUGUGAGGAAUGGGGCAGAGGAAAGACCUUCACCGUCUCUAUAACUUUUCUCCCCUGAGGAAAUAACGUUUCUUUGUUACUGGGCCUGGUGUAAGAAAAAAUGACACCAUGACAAAUGAGAAGCCAUUCCACUUCCAGGGAAAAGUUGCCUCGUGCAGACUAGUGGCUUCUUGGGGGGCUUUGCGGUGGGUAAAUCAGUAUUCCUGUCAUGCCUGGCGAAUGAGGUCUUUUAGGGAACCUUUCUGGGUAAAUCGCUUUUCUGAAGAAGUAGAAUUGCAAAGCCCUCUCUUCUAAUGGCAGGCUUUUGUGCCCCCAAGACAUUUUGAUGGCCUUUUGACUGGUCUGCCUGGGGUGGUGUGGGGUGAGGCGCUUAGUAGGACAUAGAGUAGAUUCAAGAGGAAGAUGACAGAAAACUAACAAGCAACUCUGAUGGGAAACGAAACGAGUCUCCCGCAUUUUCUAAAGGAUUUUUGUAGAGCUGUGGGUGCAUGUUACAAACCCUCACACGCACACAUUUAUCUCUCUCUCUGGGACUAAGAUGUGAUGUUAAAAGUGAUUUAGUAUUAUCAGCACUAGUAAUUUCAAUUUCUGUUACUCCACAGCUGAUGGGGAAUGUUAUUAUCCUAGUUUGUCACAAACCAUGGUUUGCUGUUUUGUCCAAACCCUGCUAACCAUGGCUUGCAGAAGCCCCCAUCAAACUACGGUUUGGGGCCCUGUUCUUCUAAGCAAUUUGGGUUUGGUUCAGACAUAAUGACAAAGUCUAGGUUGCUGCAAACCAGAAAUGGUUUGCACAUGCAAGGCAAGGAAGGAGUGCGUGUAAGCCCAAGGCCGCUCACUCAUAACACCAAACCAUGGUUAAUGCUGAUCAGAUUCCCUCAUCAACUAUGAUUUGCAACCACACUUCAAACCAUGUUUUCGAGUGCUGGUCUAUGAGGGAACCAUGGCUGGCACAUCUUAACUUUUGAUGGUAGUUAGCACUGUCCUGAGGGAAAAAAGAGAGGAGUGCAAACUUUCUCUCCAUUUCCAAACCAUGGUUUGCAAGGGGCCGUCAUUAUAUCUGCAUUUGGCCCUUCUCUAGUGUGCACACACACACACACCCCUACCCUUAAGUCUCAUUCGGUUAUGCUAACUCAGUUGCAGCCAACAUGGUUCUCUCCAGAGGUUGAUGGACUCCAACUCCCAUCAGCCUCUGCCAGCAUGGCCAGUGAGCAGGGAUGGUGGGUGUUGUAGUCCAGUAACUUCUGAUGGGCACCUCAUUGGCUACCCGUGGACUAGAUGAAAUGUGAAGCUUAUCUAAUGCAACACACUUUCUUUUGGUGAGAAGUUCCCAUGUGCAGCCCAUAUUGGAUUUGCCCCCCCCCCCCUUGAAUGAGAGUUGACUUGAAUUAGCAGAAGUGUGUGUGUGUCCCCAAUAAAAGUGGAAUUGUGGCAAGCCUACACACUAAUGUUAGAAACAGAAAAAACAUCUUUUUAGAUUUAAUUUUCAGCAGGGAUUUCUUUAAUGCCAUUAUCUUUUACAAGGCAAAAUCCAAAGAUGGUAUUUAGCAACAUGUGCGCACCAAUUUUCCCUGUGCUUUUUAUUGUUAACGGAGGAGCUGUAAAUUUGUUCCCUUUUUGCCCUUUCCUGUAUCCUUUCUUACAGAUUCCUCCCCCCCUCCUCCCCCCCCCCGGUCUGUUUCAGCUCUGCAGACGGUUAAGUGUUGUUUUCAUGGCCAGAAAUAGCCAUCUGUUAAAUUGGGUAAAGCCCUUUUAGGUCAGGACCUUGGCCCGCAAAAUAACGGGAUCUGUAAGCAGCACAAGCGCAUCUGAGCAAAGGCAUUGGAUGCCUGCUUCAAAAACUGAACCUGGCUGAGUUGCAAGGAGGAAAAGCAUUGUCCUGAAUCUCAACAGUGAAACAGUAUUGUGUAUGAACAGUGCAGUUUAACUAGAGAAGUGCCCUUUCUGCACUGUCACAAGAAAGCCAAACUUGCCAUUCCUGCUGCAGUUGGUUGUUUCUUCUGAAUGGGCAACAGCAAGAAUAACAGAGACCGGGAAAUGGAAGGGACCCUGAGGGUCAUCUAGUCCAACCCCCCUACAAUGCAGGAAUAUGCAGCUGUCCCACAUGGGGAUUGAGCCCUUCAGCCUUGGCAUUAUUAGCACCACGCUCAACUGAGCUAUCCAGGCAUAUUUAUCUUAUUUAUUUAUUCCAUUUGCAUGCCAGCCUUCAUCCAUAGAUCUCAGUUCACAACAUAAAAUUACAAUAUUAAAAAAACCCACAGAAUAAGAACAGUGGAAAACCAAGAAUCCCCCAUCCCACAACACGUUUAAAAAGGCAUGGGAUGUCAAUCAGCCAAAUGCCUGGUUUAAGAGGAACGUUUUCAGGCCUGGCGUCUAAAAAUGCACAAUGAAGGUGCCAGGCGAGCCUCCCUGGGGAGAGCAUUCUACAAAUGAGGGGCCACCACAGAAAAGGCCCCUUCUUGUGUUGCCCCUCUCCGGACCUCGCAUGAAGGAGGCACACAAAGAAGGGCCUCAUAGGAUGAACACAGAGUCUGGGAUGGUUCAUAUGGAGAGGAACGGUCCUUAAGGUAUUGCAGUCCUAGGCCGUUUAAAGGUCAAAUCCAGCACUUUGAAUUGAGGCUGGAAACUAAUUGGCAGCUAGUGCAGUUGGGUCACUUAGCAGCUCAGACUGUCGGGCCCACCUCAUUCAGUAUUUCCUACACUAGGAGUGGGGGCUACAGAUGUUGUUGGACUCCAAUUCCCAUCAGCCUCAGGCCAGCAUGGGUAACGGUCAAGGAUGAUGGGUUCUGGAGUCCAAAAUUUGGACUUGGUCACAGGUUCUCUACACUGACUAGCAGUUUUCCAGAGUUUCAGACUGUCCCAGUUUUUGUCCCCUGGAGAAGCCAUAGACCAAGCCUAGAUCGGCCCCCUCCUUGUGGAAUAUCCCUCAGCAGGCAGACCUUAUUUUCAUUAGACCUUUUGGAAUAUUCUUGUUUGUUUAUUGCGGCUUCGCUUAACACUGACCAUGCUGGCUGGAAUUGAUGGAGGUUGUGGGGGCAAUACCCAACGUUGGGCCUUGCUUUUAUAAGAUGGGAGCUGAUCUCCUCAGCAUCCUGCUCUUUUUGCACCCAUACAAAAUCAGCUGGUUUUUUUCCAUGCUUGCACAGAAUUGGAGCAGAACAGAAUAAAUGUUACUACACUUUUGGUUUUUCCUUGGGCCGAAGCCACGUGGCUAUCAUUACAUUCUGCUCCAUGCAAUUUGUGUUUCCGGCACCAUAUUUUUGUGUGUGUUUGCAUGGGGCGGGGGAGAAGGGGAAGGAGGCGAAGGUAACAGUCAUCGUUAUUCCAGGAAGGUACCACCCUGUCUAAAUCUACCGCCAGACUAAUUAUCUUAUGCAGGACAUUGAUGGCAAAAUUGUAGCAUGGAUUCAUCAGCCUCGCAAGCUGACAUGCCAUUUUAAAAAGCGAAAAUAUUUUGACUCCGGCUUGCAGCAUCUAAUAAGUUCACUCUGUUGCCACGGUUUCUGCGGCGCCUAAUGAGGUAGUUUGAAUACCAUUAUGCGAGGCUUCUAACCCGCAGGAAUGCGCACGGGUCCAGCAUCAUCGGGGCUGCUUGGGAGAAAAGAGAAAUAGAUUAAACAGGAAUGCUAAACAACCGGCCUCUUGCUGGCUUUCUGCAGAAAAGCUGACUGCUACCUUCGGCAAGCAACGCCACCUCUCCCGUUUCUCAUUCGGACCUUCUUAAGAGUCGCUCCUUUUCCCCUUUCUUUUUCCCUUUUAACAGAUUAUUCAAGACAGAAUAUUUAAGCACAUAUCACGUAACAGCUUAAUAUGGAACAAGCACCCUGGAGGGUUAUUUGUACUGCCACAGUAUUCGUCAUAUCUGGGAGAUUUUCCUUACUAUUAUGCUAAUCUAGGUAAGUGAUUCUCGGUGGAUGACCUUUCCUAUACGGAGGCUGGAUCUCAUGGUGCGUCACAAAGGGGGUAUGGGCUUUUCAAAAAACCUGGGUGCAGGGCUGUCUUAAGCAUAUGUAGCGCUGGGGUACACAGAUCCACCCAGCGUGCGUGCCCCCCCAGAUUGCCCAGUCCCAGGAGCGCAGGAGGGCGGAGCCAGCCGGCUACCUGCCUCAGCGUCUCGCUGGCUCGGUCACCCCAGAACUUGUGGCGCAGAGCCGUCCGCAGCAGAAGAGCCUGCCACAGCGCUCUGACCGACAGGCAGGCUCUUCCCCAGACUCAGCUCUCGGGCGCUGGACUCUUGGCCUGGCGCCCUGAGAGUCCAGCGCCCAGGUGCCCUGCACCCCUAGCGCCUAUGGAUAAGACUGGGUGCGCAAAUCAGGAACCAGCCUUGUGGCACGCCCUCCCCUCCCUUUCUAGAGUGAGUCUCCCCAGUUCUUUCCCUUCUCAGCAUUAACCCCUGUUAGCUUGCCCUCAAACUGGGCCACUCAAGUGUUGCUGUCAAACACUUGAAGAAGCUAACCGGGGUGUCUGAACUUACAGUUGGAAGGAACACCUCAGAAGCACAAUUUUAGCCCACCCUUCCCCCUGGCAGUCAUCAUACCACUUCCCCAAGCACCCCCCCCCCCCCCAGAAUUCUCCCAGCUCCUUGUGAAGCGAUGCAAACCGUAUUUCUCUUGUGAACUAGAAAGAUCGGAAGGGAAGUUUUGAGGCGCUUCCACGAGCCGUUGUGAUGAGAGGAUCUGCUGUGCUUUUAAGCUGUAGUGUUUCUAUAAAUGCCACAUGUAUUGCAAAGACAUGUUUAGCACCAGUGGAGGGAAAUCAAUCCAAAGGAAGGAAGGAAGGAAGGAAGGAAGGAUAUUUUCCUAUUUGUCUGACUUCUAAUUUACCAGCUAUGUUACCAGCAAAGAGCCAUGGUUGUUUCUGUAUGAGGCCAUUGCGUUGCCAGUUCUGACGCGCAAAUUCUGUGGAGUCGCCAAUUGGCCAACAAGUGUGGCAUCUUACACGCUGCAGAAGGAGUGCUGUGCAGAUAUGAUUAUGGUGAUUAGGAUGGUUAAAAUGUGCUCACAUCUCCCUCUGCUUGCAUCAGCUGACACCUGUCCACCUAUAUAACGGCCCCCUGAUAUUUCCACCUCUUGAGCUUACUUCAUUUCACCACAGGGUUGUUGAUCCCUAUAUCAUCAGACACACACACACACACACACACACACACACACAGAGUUGUGGUUGGAGCAGAAUUUGGAUCUCAAGGAAAGCAGUGGGAGAGAAUAGCCACACCGGCUUAGUGUGGUGGGGAGGUCGAACGAAGCAUCAUAGCUGCCCAUGCACAGGUCAUGCAAGAUGGGUGCUAGAAAUCCUUCAUGUUGAGGACCUGCUCCCCACGUAUCUGUAGAGAGACUUCCUAGUUUACGAAAUCAAUGGGCAAACUUUCUAAGCUUAUGAAAUCCAAUCUAAUCGUAAGGACUUGCCUUGCAAUGUAAGCUGCAGUUACGCACCUGUGUCAGCAGUUCCUAAGUUGACAAGAGAGGCCGAUUCAAAAGAAGCCCUCCAUGCGUAAAAGCCAACAGGCGGGGGGUCAGCAAACGACUAAAAGGGACUUUCAGUUUAUUAUUUGUUCAUAACUUCAGACUUAAUCAUUAGCAGUUCAAAGCUGUGCACGUGAAAAUUAACCGUUCAGCAAUAAAAUCAUCAUCAUCGUAAAACCCAACGGAACACUGCCUUCAAAGAAAGUCUUUGUCUGGUGCCUGAAUUUGAGCAAGGAGCGUGCCUCUCUAAUCUCAGUUGGGAGGGAGUUCCACAGGCUUGGAACAUGUGGCUUCUGGCCGUUACAAGACAUGCCUAUGAGCCAUCAGGGACCCCCAACAGAGACUCCUCUAAGGAGUCAAACAGGGAGAUAAGGGAUUGGGGCCUUGUAACUGAUAAGGGCCUUGUAAAUUCCCACCAAAGCCUUGCACUUCGCUGGGUAACAAAUGGGCAGGCAUAGCAGCUAUGGGGCAAGUUUGACCCGUGACCCACCAAGCCCAAUAUUGUCUACUUAGACUGGCAGUGGCUUCCCAAGAUCUCACAAGGACUGGCUUCCCAUCUCCUGGUCCUUUUAGCUGGCUGUGCCAAGAGACUGAACCUGAGACUUUCCAUGUGCAGAGCCGCUGAGCUGUGGCUCCCCUCCUGCUCAUGAAGUGGGACCUUCCGUCCAUCAGGCCUCUCUCCAGCUAAUCAGCCAACACCAGUCUUCCUCACAGCCCUGGUACCCUCCAGCUAUUUUGGGCUACAGCGUCUAUCAGGUUCCGCCAAUGCAGCCAUGUUGGGGAAGCUGGAAGACGCUAAGUUGGAGAAGGCUAGGUCUGAUCCUCUGGGUGACCUUAGGCCAGUCACUGGGCUGGCCUACCUCACAGGGUUGUUGUGGGGAAUUAAACAAGAAGCCAUGCCUUCCACUUUGAGCUCCUUGGAUAAGAAAGAAAAGGGGAUAGAAUUGCAAUAGAUAAAAUCGAUAAAAGCCCAGGGCAGGGAGUGAAGCAAAUUGCUCUUGAUCCCUCCAGUCUCCACACGCGAGGGGCGGGGAAGUCAACAAAUUUCAUUUUGUUUCAGAUGACAGCAAUUCUUUACUGCUCAGAUUGUCGCCCUUUACAUAACAAUAUUGAUUUGUCGCCCUUUGCUUAACAACAUAUAUUUAUAUAUAUUUUUACUGCUGGCUUCCUUUCCAGGCGUCAAGCCCCCAUCCAAAUUCACCGCCGUUAUCCAUGCAGUUACUCCUUUAGUUUCUCAGUCUCAACCUGUGCUGAAACUCCUGGUUGCUGUAGCCAAAUCCCAGUACUGUUCCCAGGUAAGAAACUAGGCUUGGCCUCUAGGCGGUCCACCAUUGAGCCGUGUCUCUGAGAUGACUUCAAAAUAAAGGGUACUCUUUGACGUGCCUCUUGCUUAAUAGAUGUUGAUGUGCUUUUCUAAUGCAGGGCUUUGGCAAAUGCAGCAGAGUUUAAAGAGAUGUAAAUACCGUAUUUUUCUCUCUAUAGGACACAGUUUUUCGCCCUCCAAAAAUGAAGGGGAAAUGUGUGCGCGUCCUAUGGAGCGAAUGCAGGCUUUCGCUGAAGCCUGGAGAGCGAGAGGGGUCGGUGCGCACCGACCCCUCUCGCUCUCCAGGCUUCAGGAAGCUAUCUGCAAGCCUUCGGAGCGCGGCGGGAGUUCCCACCGGGCUCCGAAGGCUUCCGGAUACCAGCCUGCAGCCCGAAGCCCGGGGAGAGCAGUGCCAACUCCCACUGCGCUCCCCGGGCUUCAGGCAGCUAUCCGCAAACCUUUGGAGCGCUCCCCCAGCCCACAAGCUCCAGGAGCGUCGGCAAGGCUGUGCAACCUUGCCUCCGUUCCCGGACCUGUUCUGGGGGCUAGGUUCAGGGGAAGCUCGGGCUUCCCCUGCCCCAGCCUCACGGCUAAAAACAAAGCCGCGCGCAGCCUCUCCCGGCUGGAGAGGUUGUACGUGGCUAAAGAGGAAGCCAAGACAGCAAGCGGGUUAAAAAAAAAUUUCUUUAUUUCUCCCCCUAAAAACUAGGUGCGCCCUAUGGUCCAGUGCACCCUAUGGAGCGAAAAAUACAGUAGCUUUUAUUUUGCGUGAAGAUAGCACACUCUCCUGUGCCGAGUCAGACAGUUGGUCCAUCUCGCUCUGCCUGCCAGAGCCUGGAGGCCUCCAGAAGUUGCUGCACUGCAAUUAGAGCAUGAGACGCUUAAUCCCAGGGUCGUUGGUUCAAGCCCCGCAUUGGGCAAAAGAUUCUUGCAUUGCAUGGGGUCAGACUAGAUGAUUCCCGGUUCCCCUUCCCACUCUACAGUUCUGUGAUUCUAAUUACCAGCUCCAGCCAGAAAUGCCAGCAGUCAGAGCUGAUGCCAACGUCUGAGGCUGAUCUAGUCAAUAACUCUGCUCUGGCUAGCAGUGACUUUCUGGGGACUCAGACAAGUGUCCUUCUGGUAGCUGAGAUCCUAUGGAGUUGCCAGGGAUUGCUCUGAGCUACUGUCUCUCCACCCUUAUACGAAAUAUCAUCCAGGAAGUUUAGAUUCAGUGCGAACUGUGACAAAAUGGAAAAACAUGGUUGUGCAGGAGGCCUCGUUGGAGAGUUGUGGCCAGCAGCAUGUGUUCCACAAGUCUUUUAUUCUCCCAAAGGUAUGCUAGUUGGCUUUGCAUCCUUGCCUGAGGUCCAGUCCCAGAGGAAAUAUUUUAGUUUAAUUUACUGCCUCCUGAGACAUUUAUUAUCAGGCUAGCAGUCUUCCGUGCUUUAAAACUGAGAUGAGGAACCUGUGGCCGAAGAACUACAACUCCCAUUAUCACUGAUCAUGGACCAGGGCUAAAGCCCAAUUUCUGGAGGGCCACCGGCCAGCUAGCCCAGCUUUAAAAUAACAAAAUGCAGAAUUCUGCGCCCAGGCAAUUUAAAAUCCAGUGUCAAGGGAAGCUGGAUUCUGCAACCUGUUCAAACUCUGCAUAUUAAGGCACUAUUUUCUCUUGAAUAACUCUGCAGCUGUUACCAUUCUGAAUGCGCUGUUUUUGCUAUGAAAUGCAUGGAGGACAGACACCCACCCACGACAAAUCUUGCUCAGCCACCUUCCUGUUUACUGAGAUUUCACCAAGACGUCCCCACUUACUUCCAAGCUUAUAUUUCCAGUCAUAAGGGUUAGAGACCUGCCUUUAAAUAUACCUGAAAGCAGAGCUUCUUAGAAAGCUGAAUCUGGAAUCAGAGCACACAGGCAACUCUGAAAGCUGAGCCGGGAGCUGGACCCGAUCCCCGCCCAGUGCUCACACAGCACGACAGAAGUGGCACAAAACUGCGUAUCAUACCAGCAGUGUUAAGGCAUUAAGAGCCUGCUCUUUAUAUAAUGGAACAUUUUGGCCUUUGGCCUCUGCCAAAGUGAGCUGUAAGGAUCCUUCUAGAUGUGGCAGAAAUUGCUGUUCUGAUGGCAUCUGUCAAAGGGGAUGAGUCCCGUCCCCCAUUGUCAGGACAGAAAAAUGAGUCGUGUACUUUUCUCUCUGGAAAGGAAUUGGAUUGCACAAUUUAAUCCUUUUGGGGAAGCUCAGAAUUGAACCAUGUAACUAAGGAGGAUGCUUGAGCUUUGUCUUUGGGCUACACAGGCAUUCCGCUCAACGAAGGAUGAAUUUUCCUUUUCAGAUCAUUGUCUUAUGGAAUUGCGAUAAACCCCUCCCUGCCAAGCACCGAUGGCCUGCCACUGCUGUUCCUGUUAUUGUCAUUGAAGGAGAGAGCAAGGUAAGUUUGGCCAUGCCAAGGUCUCAGUCAUGGGGACUAAAUAACAUUCAUUCAUUCAUUAUUUGUUCAUUCAUGCAUGCAUAUAAAAUAUAUAUAUAUACAUCGCUAUAUCCUAAAAGGGGACGCGGGUGACGCUGUUGGUUAAACCACAAAGCCUAGAACUUGCCGAUCAGAAGGUCAGCGGUUUGAAUCCCUGCAACGGGGUGAAUUCCCGUUGCUCGGUCCCUGCUCCUGCCAACCUAGCAGUUCGAAAGCACGUCAAAGUGCAAGUAGAUAAAUAGGUACCGCUCCAGCGGGAAGGUAAACAGUGUUUCCGUGCACUGCUCUGGUUCGCCAGAAGCGGCUUAGUCAUGCUGGCCACAUGACCUGGAAGCUGUACGCAGGCUCCCUCGGCCAGUAAAGCGAGAUGAGCACCCCAACCCCAGAGUCGGCCGCAACUGGACCUAAUGGUCAGGGGUCCCUUUACCUUUACUUUACUAUAUCCUAAAAGUACGUCGGAUUACAACAAUAUUGUCAGGGACUGGACUGAGGAGGAAUGGUGGAGGACACCCCCCCCCCCCCGCUGCACUUCCCAGAGAAGAGGGAGACAGUACAGAUUUAGAACAGUGGUUUGCAGAAGGUCAUACUUCAUAGGCUGCAGAGCGGAGAAGCUGGGAAAUAUUGGGAGAGGAGCAGGAAGAAGAAGCAGCACCAGGGGAGAGACAGCUGACUGGCUCAGUGUCCUUGGAAAGCAUGCCAGACCCCCCCCCCCCUUCCAGGUCCCAGCAAGCAUUGAAAGUAGGAGAACAGAAAGCUCAGAGGCCGAAAGCACAGAUCAGCCAGUGCAGGGAAGACGUUUGAUAGGAGAGACGGAGGGGGUGGGUCUUUACUCAAGCAACACCAUUAUCCAAGAGAGACAGAAUUCCUAUUUCUCUCAAUAUUGAAUAAAAGACUUGGUAAGAACUCUUCUUGUUUAUCUACUUCUUGGCUGCCCAUCGUGGGAGGAAUUGGAUUCCCUGCAACCUAUAAACACAUGAAACCAAACAAUAAAAACCAAAACAGUUUUAAAACAAGUUAAAAGCAAAAAGAAAGAAAGAAAGAAAGAAAUUAGAAACAAGCAUCGCUAGACCAUUGUAGGGGGUGGAUGGGACUCUUAAUUGCCUGCAUAGGCCUCAUGGAACGGAAAAGUUUUCAGCGAGCUUUGGCACAAAAGCUCCCGCUGAAUUUCUAGUGGCAGGGUGUUCCACAGGGCGGUGGUGGUGGUUUUCCCAUUUUUUAACAUAGGAAGCUGCCUCAUACCCAGUCCAUUAAAGAUGCCAACUGUUGGGAGCAGCCCUUCCACAGGUAGAAGAGUCCAGGUUCCUGGGAUUCUCUUUCCGUACAACCUGCAGAUAAGUUGGUGUGGUUAUGUCUGGCUGAAGCUUGGUUUUGUGCUGCUCUCCUUUGCACCAGAGAAAGGGCUGUGCGGCAUAUUUCCAAACUUGCCACAUUUUUAAAAAAAAAAAUUUUGCACAGUGCAUUGGACCUUGGAGUCUUCUUUUCCAUGCACACACAGAAACAUGUCCCCCGCCCCCCUAUGAACAGCCUGUGAUAUAAAUGCUAAACUGGAGGAAGGGAAGGAGUCUAAUCUUGGUUUGACUGACAUGGAAUACAGCGUGGAAGGCUUGGGGUUUGGGUUUGGUUUUUAUCAGCCAGCUGUCUAGAGCAGAAGGGAUUUUCAACUCUGAAGUUUUCCAGGUGCUUUACGGCUAUUUGAAAUGUACGGGCCUUGGGUUUACUGUCUCCCCCCGCCCCCGCCCCCCGGUAGAUUUGACAAGGGAAAAGUCAGUGCAUGGCUAAGCUGCCAGGUAACUAGGUUCCUGACUCUAAAUAGUGGCCAUGUGAGCAGUACCAGGAGAUUUGCUGCAGGGCUGAGAUAGGAGGCUGCCGCUUGGAGAUUGCCCACCUCUUCUGCCAUUAUUGUUUCUUCUUUUCCUACAUCAGAGAGCCCAAGGGAACAAAAUGCCCCCUCAAAUUCCAAAGCAUGUGUAGGAACUUGCCUUGGAGGCAUCUUAGAGACAACAAAGAAAUCUCGACGUGCGGUCAACAGUGUGCCGUUCGCACGCUGGCAGGCUGCUCUGCCCUCCAGAAUGAAUUCCCAAAGAGGGAGGGAGAAAACAAAAUGUCUGCGGACUUCAGAAUGUACGAUUUGAGCCAGGGGCAGGCGACAUCUGGCUCCUCCGCCGCACCUGAGAUGGUCAGGACUACAAUUCCCAUCAUCCCUGACUCUUGGCCUUGCUGGCUGGGGCUGAUGGGAGUUGGAAUCCAACAUUUGGCGGAUGCAAGGUCGCCUGUCCUUGCUUUCUCAACCUGUGGGUCCCCAGAUGUUGUUGAACUACAACUCCCAUCACCCCUAGCUAGCAAGGCCAGAGUUCAGGGAUGAUGGGAAUUGUAGUCCAACAACAUCUGGGGACCCACAAGUUGAGAACCGCUGCCUAAACCGAGGUUUCUCAAACAUGGGUCUCUGGCUGCUUUGGGACUACAACUCCCAUCAUCCGUAGCUAGCGGGACUGGAUGAUGGGAAUUGUAGUCCGAAAACAGCUGGAGACCCACCUUUGGGAAACCCUGCUCUAAACCAAAUUUAGAGCAAGCUUUUUAAGAUGUGGGACUGACCCACCUGCGUGCAUUCAGGGGUUGGCUGCUCAAUUUGCCGGCAUAUAUGCGUAUGGGUGGUAGGUCAGUUUGUGACCCGCCUUAGGUUUGGUUGAAAGCCCCACUUGAGUGACUUUCAGCCAGUCGCUGCCUCCUAGUCAACCUUGCAGGGGUAGUUGUGAGGAUACAAGUGGGAAGGCCUUCAGCUCUUUGUAGCAAAUGCAUCCAUGGCUCUCUCUCUCUCUGCUGCUUCUUUUCAUAUAGCUACAUCAUGAAUAUAAAAAUCAAAAUAAAAUAACAACCUCCUGGCACAGGAAUCUGCAGGGAUUUUUACAAGGCCUGUACAAUUCACCCCGUACCUCAAAUUCCUUGCUAGGAACUUGCGUGUCUUAUUUUUGAACGAAAGCUGGGAAUCAGGGACUUGUGGUUCAUGGGAGAGAGAAACUGCACCCCUUCCUCCCCGCCCCCCCCACUGCAGACACCUAACACACCUGAGCAUUGAACAUGACAAAAAUCAGGUGGAAGGGAGCAGCCGUGAGCCCCCGCGGUGCUGCCAUUUCAAAACAAAUUGGUGGAUAACGUAGCAGCAGAAACAAGCAACCCGCACGGGAGGAAUGCGUAGCGAGCCACCACGAAAUUCAAUUCUUCUUAUCUGACCAGUCAUCCUCAAAUCUUCCCCAGACCUUUCUGUUCAAUGGGGUCAUUUCCUCCAUUAAUGUGAUGGCAGAGAGUUAACUCUUCCAAUUUGGGUCUGAAAGGGGUGCUGCCCUUGGCAGGGCGAGUCUCACGAGCUGAGCGCUGACCCUCUUUAUCCCCCUCCGCAGGUGAUGAGCAGCCGCUUCCUGCCCUACGAGAACAUUGUCACGGAUGCUGUUCUAAGCCUCGAUGAGGAUACGGUGCUUUCAACCACUGAGGUGAGACCUCUUCCCGUCCAAGUCUGCAGCUGGCUUGCUUUCAGCCUCUGCUCUUCGCAGUUUUUGUGCUGGCUGCGUAGGCGAGGAUUGCAUGAUCGGCCGUCUCUGACGUUAGAAAUAUAGGAAGCUGCCUUUGUACUCACCCAGACCAUGGGGGUCCACCUAGUUCAGUGCUGUCUACACUGUCUGGCAGCAGCUGUCCAGGGUUUCAAGCAAAAGCUUUUCCCAUGCCUACCUGGAGCCGCCAGAAUUUGAACCUGGGACCUUUUUAAAAAUAAAUUUUAUUAAAGGGUUUAUUGUGCUAUGAGACAGACAAAUAAGCAGAGAAAAGUACAAUUUGGGGGGAAAGAAAGGGGAGAGAGAGUGUGAUGGGGAUGUUGUUCUUUCAUUCUAUGGCCUAGUGGUAGUACAGUGGUACCUCUGGUUGUGAACAGGAACAGGAUCCGUUCCAGAGGCCCAUUCGCAACAUGAAAAGCCCGCAACCUGAAGCGCCGGAUCUGCGCUGGUGCAUGGUGCGAUUUGGCGCUUCUGCGCAUGCAUGAAGCACGAUUUAGUGCUUCUGCGCAGGUGCGAGCAGCGAAACCCGGAAGUAACCCUUUCCGGUACUUCCGGGUUGCCGCGGGACGCAACCUGAAAAAACGUAACAUGAAGCAAACGUAACAUGAGGUAUGACUGUACAGUGGUACCUCGGAUUAAGUACUUAAUUCGUUCCGGAGGUCCGUACUUAACCUGAAACUGUUCUUAACCUGAAACUGUUCUUAACCUGAAGCACCACUUUAGCCAAUGGGGCCUCCUGCUGCUGCCGCGCCGCCAGAGCAUGAUUUCUGUUCUCAUCCUGAAGCAAAGUUUUUAACCUGAAGCACUAUUUCUGGGUUAGCGGAGUCUGUAACCUGAAGCAUAUGUAACCUGAAGCGUAUGUAACCUGAGAUACCACUGUAUAGGGAUUGUGUCAGUAUCACGAGGAUAGGUCCUUUACAGAGAGAGAGAGAGAUUAGGGCAUGGGUCGGUAAACUAGGACCUGGGGACCAGAUCAGGCCCAAUUACAUGCGUUUUUCCCCUCACACGGCAGUGGCAGCAGCAGCGCCUCCUCCCUCCCUCCUCCUGACUUCUCCCCGCCCUGCCUAGAGGAGGAAGGGGGCUGGGCUUUGUUGGUGCCAGCAGCAGCAGCACUCAAGCAGCCGCCAUUUUAAGCAGCCCCUCUCUGGAGCCUUUUGCACGCCGCUCAUCAUCCCUCUGCCACCAGCCCCUGCCGCUUGCAAGACACAGGUAAGCAGCCACCAGGGCUUGUGGUGCUCUUGCAUCAUUAUUUCCCCCCCCCCCCCCAUAUAGUCCGGACCCCCACAAGGUCUGAGGGACAGUGGAUCGGCCCCCUGCUGAAAAAGUUUGCUGACCCCUGGAUUAGUGGGUCCAGAACUUGGUUGGUUGAGUUCUGCCAGUUGCAGUGGGGACCUUCUUUCCUGAAGGACAGAUGUUCUGCCAUUGAGCUAUGGUCUUGGACUAUGCCUUUGCUAUAGCAUUACAGUCGUACCUCAGAAGUCGAACAGAAUCCGUUCAACUUCCAAAACAUUCAGGAACCAAGGCACGGCUUCCGAUUGGCUGCAGGAAGCUCCUGCAGCCAAUCAGAAGCCAUGACGGACGUUCGGGUUCCAAAGAACGUUCACAAACCAGAACACUCACUUCUGGGUUUGUGGGAUUCGGGAGCCAAAACGUUAAUCCCGCAAGGCGUUUGACUUCCGAGGUAUGACUGUGUCUAUUGAUCCAGCUCUGUUCAGUCCCAGCGAACACAAUUCCAUGGAGCUGGUGUGCUGCUUUGCUGCAGUUGCGUCACUCACAGCAUCCUGUACUGAACUCUACUCCUUCCUGUGUCUGUCGGGACGCAGGUUACAUUCCCACUAACAGCAAACGCAGUCAGGUUGCAGCAUGGCCCGCCAGUGUGGUGUAGUGGUUAAGAGCGGUAGUCACAUAAUCUGGGGAACCGGGUUCGCUUCCCCGCUCCUCCACAUGCAGCUGCUGGGUGACCUUGGGCCAGUCACACUUCUUUGAAGUUUCUCAGCCCCACUCACCUCACAGAGUGUUUGUUGUGGGGGAGGAAGGGAAAGGAGAAUGUUAGCCGCUUUGAGACUCCUGAAGGGGAGUGAAAGGCGGGAUAUCAAAUCCAAACUCCUCCUCUUCUUCUUCUUCUUCUUCUUCUUCUUCUUCUUAUUCUUAACACAGGCUUUCAGGCUGGAGUUAACACUUUCCUUUCCUUUUAAAGAACGGCACAUUUUCUCAUCCCCAGCCUUCUUGCCUCUCCCUCUCAGAGCAACACCAUUGCUUUGUAAAGCAAAUGUUUCCACCCAGAUGCCUGUGUUUGAUUCCUGUGUCUCUGCUUCCCGCAUAUCAAGAGCUGAGCCCAAUCUCUCUUUAAAUGAAAGGAGAUUCCUUGUACUUGAGAGCUGUUGUGCCCAGAGCAAGAUUGUGCUCAAGGAAAAAGACACACACACAGAAAGAGAGAGAGAGACUAAAAGCCCGCUGUAGAAAACCAAUUUUUACAACUGGGAUGAGUAUUGAUUUCUAGCACCUCUUCCCGCAAAGAGAAGGAGGAGAUGGGCGACCGUUUAUAUAAGACUGCAAUAUAUCGGAAAUACAUUAUUAAUGGCAGCUGUGGAAAAGCUUUGGGUCUUUAUUGUCCCUUUCGAUUUCAGCACUUUUCUUCUUGUUCUCUGUAGCUCCUUCCCUCUCCCUUAAAGGGACAAAUCCCCCCCUGGAAUGGUCAGACACUGCUGAUUAGGAGCUGUGUGUUGCUGGGCCUUCAACUCCCAUCAGCCUCAGUCAGCUUGGUUAGUAGCCAAGGAUGAUGGGAUUUGGAGUCCAGCCCUAUCUAGGCAGCCACAGGUUCUCCAUUUGAGAUGAAUGCCUUUCUUUCUUCCAGGGUAGUAGAAGUGCGAGUGUUUAGGUGACCCAAUUCACUUUCUCCUGCAUAUCUGCGUGAAACUAACAAAGCUCCAGCUCCAGGGCCCUUAAUUCUGGAGAGGUGCCAGAAGCAACUUCAGUCCAAAUUGCUUUUUAAAAAAAUUGGGUCUAGUAGACCCAAUUUGAGCGGCACGACUCAAAUUAAUUUUUCAUUGCAUAUAUUUCAACAAUCCCAAAGUUUGAGAGUCAGUAGCACAGACAUUAUAAUGGUGUGGUGAUCUGCUGUGGAACAACCCUACUGAAGGAGAUUACAGUGGUUACCCAGACCUCGUUGCUGGUUGUGAAGGGGCCCCCAUUUUGGGGGAAUCCAAAAAUGUAGGUUUGCCACUGGACUCCAUGUAGCUUAUGAGUCUAAAUCUCCUUUUAAAGACAUUACAGCAAUGGCCAAUCAUCAUGUUCUGUAUUACAUGAGUCUCAAACAUGCGGAGUUGUCGUUGAUGAAGCCAGAUACUUUAAUGCAACUUAUCCCCACCUGGUGCUGCUCAGGUGUUCUUGGGCUACAAAUCCAUCAUCCCUGACUAUGAAGUCCAAAACAUCUGAAAUGCCGCAGGUUACGAAAGGCUGCUUUUAAAUUUCUUGAAUUCCGUGCCUGGCACACACAAAAACCCAUGAAGGCAAGUAGCCUAUUAUUGCCCGAUUUAACAUUUGACAGUAGUCUCCAGUUUGAAACUUGCUUUCAAAUUGGAAUGAUAAAAACCUGGAAGGGGGGGGGGAGCCCCAAAUGGUUUUGUUCUGUUCUUUCAUCUUUUACCGUUAAUGAAGGUUUUGCCCUUUUCAUUCAUAAUGAAAUGAAAUAUUAAGCCUUUUCAUUCCUCUGGGUGAGAGUCCAAAGUUCCAUCUCCCAUACUGGGAGGGACAUGUGUGAGUCUCGUAAUUAGAAAUCUGUGCGGGCUGACCGAGGGAGGGGGGGAGCAGGUGGAAGAGGCCGGUAGGUGGUAGGUUGUUUUCCCCGCCACCCAUGCCAGAUAAUCUGUAUUGCAUCCGCUUCGGAGGGAAAUGAUUAAAGUGAGCUGUGAGGCUCACGUUGAUCUUCCGCAAUGGGAGUCGACAGUCGUUUUGCACGGCGCCUGGGGGAGCCAGGUGGCACUCAAAUCCAACUUCCACGCUAGCAUGGGGCAGUCCAGCAAAAUCUCAACUACACCCCUAACCCUAAUUUAGCCCCAGUGGGAUGCUGGAGGCAACACCACAGGGUUACAAUUGAUGGAAGAAGCUCCAGAACAGACAAGGGAAGGGAUUUGGUGUCGCCCUAGAGGCCAAAUUUGGCCCGCCAGACCAUUUGGAACUCUCCCCAAGGCACCGCCAGUCCACGCCGAUCCUUGCUUCCCACUCCAAAUGUUUUUAAUUCUGGCCGGAGUAUGUCCUUGGACUCUUAAUAGUGCCUCUUGCUUCUCUAGAUGGUGGCUCAAGUUGCCCCACCCCCUUUUGCCUCUCUCCCCUCCUACCACUGGCGUGGCUUUGCCCAGGGGGACAUUGAUCCCUCACGGUGAAAAGUGCUUCCCGACCCAGCUAGAAAAUGGAUACGGAAGCUGUGGGGUUCUGUUUCCAAGCACAAUUCAAAGUGUUGGGGCUGACCUUUAAAGCCGUAAACGGCCUCGGCCCAGUAUACCUGAAGGAGCAUCUCCACUUCCACCGUUCUGCCCGGACACUGAGGUCCAGCUCUGAGGGCCUUCUGGCGGUUCCCUCACUGCGAGAAGUGAGGUGACAGGGAACCAGGCAGAGGGCCUUCUUGGUAGUGGCACCUGCCCUGUGGAACGCCCUCCCAUCAGAUGUCAAGGAAAUAAACAACUCUCUGACUUUUAGAAGACACCUGAAGGCAGCCCUGUUUAGGGAAGUUUUAAAUGUUUGAUGUUUUAUUAUGUGUGUUUUUAUAUUCUGUUGGAAGCUGCCCAGAAUGGCUGGGGAGGCCCGGCCAGAUGGGCAGGGUAUAAGUAAUACAUUAUUAUUAUUAUUAUUAUUAUUAUUAUUAUUAGUCAGCUGUUAGGGCAAUGUGGGGCAGCACCGGAGCCAAAAAUGGGUCUUCUGGCUACAUUCCUUUUCUCCCUUUUUGCCACGCGCUUCGCUACCAGGGGAGGGACGGGUCGCUGUUGCCAGAGGUCUGAACCCAUUACUUUUGAAAUCAUGCCAUGGCCCACAGGAUGCCCACCCCUGUCCUAGAUGGUAGGGAGAAUUUGAACACUAGAGGCAGGAGGUUGUGAUAGCCCAUGACUCGCCCUCAACCUGGAUUCAUCGUUUAGCAUGGGCGCGGCAUCCCUUGCCUUUCCCCUCAUGGUUUUUAAAGUCUUUUCAAGGAAACAGAUGUCAGAUUUUAGAGCAGGCAACUGUAAGGUGACCUUUGGCUCCUUGACAGGAUGGUUUGGAUGUGAUCAGAGCUGCGGCAUGAACCUUCUGCCUGAACUGCCUUCCGAAUGAAAACACUUAAAAGUUUCGGGACGUGCCUUAAAACGGCAUACUUCAGGAUGUGUGCCAUUCUUCACUUCCCCAAAACAGCUUUCCAUUCUAAAGGAUCUGAUAAUAACUGCAGCAAGGAAAGCAAGCCACGCUUACUCCAUCUUCUUAAAAGUUUUAUAUUCUAUGUCUGGUCCAAACAUAGGCCCUUAUUGCUAUACCUUAAUUUGAAGCAUUCAUGUUUGUGGUUCAGUGCGCUGAAUCUCCCAUAAUCCACCUCUUCAGCAGCAAGGAUGCCGUGAGACCCUCAUUUCUCAUAGGAAGUCGGCCACAGGAGUGCAUCAUGGUACAGUGGUGCCUUGCAAGAUGAAAUUAAUUCGUUCUGCGAGUUUUUUCAUCUUGCGAAUUUUUCGUCUUGCGAAUUUUUCGUCUUGCGAAGCACGGUUUCCCAUAGGAAUGCAUUGAAAAUCAAUUAAUGCGUUCCUAUGGUCAAAAAAAGUCCAAACAAAGCCAAAUUUGGUACAAAAAGAGUUUAUUAAGUACUCUUUAAAGUCACACAUACUGUAAAGAGCAUUUCAAAAAUUGAAGGAACAAUAAUUUAAGUUUCUAAACAUGACAGAAAAGCAUUUAAAAAUCACCAAAGUGUACUGUACAUACAUUUUCUAAGACUCUGGGGGACAACUCGAAGAAGGUUCCUCUUCCACUCUUUGCUUCUUGCUGAAGAAGUCGCAACUGCACCUCUUCAAGCAAUGCACCCUGGGUAUUAACGGUUUUAAGAAAAAGGAAACAAACUUGCAAGACGUUUUCGUCUUGCGAAGCAAGCCCAUAGGGAAAUUUGUCUUGCGAAGCAACUCAAAAAACCAAAAACUCUUUCGUCUUGCGAGUUUUUCGUCUUGCGAGGCAUUCGUCUUGCGGGGCACCACUGUAUUUGUAGUCCGACUUUCAGUGUUCACCAUCUGCCUUGCUUCCUCGCUGAAUCUAACGUAAAGCCGUUUUCAAACCGGGUGGGGGGGUGAGGAUUUCUGGAGCUUACUUUUAGCCGAAAGGAGAGAAUAGAAUUUUUUUCAGCAGAAGGAAACGAGAACACUUCGCCACCCCCACCCGAGUCCUUCAAUGAAAAUGGUUUAAAGCGGUGGCUUUCUUGUUCACACCAGUAAACACGCAAUUCCCACACGGCACGCAGAUUCUCUACCAGUUGCAAACUUUAGCUUUGCACGAGUCGCGCCUGCAAAAUGUUAAUGCGAUUCUCUGGAGCUCUAGACUCCUGUUAACAGGAAAACAUUAAAAUGUGCAUAAUUACAGGGCAAAAUGUCAAGCAGUCAGUUUAAUUUACUGAUGAAUACAGAGAAUUAAUGUUUUGCAACAGUUCCCAAGAUUGCAAAUUAUGAAUUAGUGGGAAAGGUAAUAUUUUGUUUUGCUGACAUUUUUGAGGCUGUUUGAUUACCGCUUGCCACAUAUGUUCUGUUUGCUUUCCUUGCCUGCAGGUGGAUUUUGCCUUUACGGUUUGGCAGAGUUUCCCAGAGAGGAUCGUGGGCUACCCUGCCCGCAGCCAUUUUUGGGACAACACUAAGGAACGGUGGGGCUACACAUCCAAAUGGACUAAUGACUAUUCCAUGGUAUUGACUGGAGCUGCUAUCUACCACAAGUAAGAAUUGGGAGCAUCAUAUCUGAUUGAAACCAGUCUCUGCAAGAGGAGACUUUAUAUAUUUUUUUUAAAAAGCUUGGGUGCAUUCCUGCAAUUUGCUUAGAGAAACCCUUGUUUAAUCAGGGCUUUGGGAGAUGUGUUUAACACAACACAUAUUAACCUGAUUGCCACACAUAAUGCCAAAAUGGGUGGAUGAAUGGGCACAUGUCAGGCGGGUGACAAAGGAGAAGAGAAUGUGCAGUCCUACAUCCUACUCCUGAUUCCAACAUUCACCCCAAACCCUCCCAAUUUAGUGAAAGGUGAGUAGGUCCUAGUCCUGGGAUAGGGGGCAUGAGGUGCUGUAGAAGUUGCUGGACUCGAACUCCCAUCAGCCCCAGCCAGCAAGGCCAAAGAUGGGAGUUGUAGUCCAACGAGAUGUGGAGGGCCAGAGUUUUGCCAUAACUUCCCUGGCCUUCAAGAUGCCUCUUAUUGCUGCUACAGCUGCCCUGCCCUUCAAGAUCUCCACUAAAUGCUGCAACUGGUAUCUAAGGAUGGAUACCUCUGUACAUUCUUGUGUGCAUCCUACAGUGCCUUGUUUCCCACAAUGCACUUCUUCACACCACAAGCACCUACUGGGCCAUCGCAAGAAAUCAGCCUUGUUUUACCACAAAAAUGAGGAGAAUUUUGUGGGGUGGGGAGUGGUUUGGGAAGAGUGCCCUCAGAAGACCCAUUGAAAAUCUGGGAGAGCUGGUUAUGGUUGGUGGGGGGAAAAUAGCCUUUACACGCUCAAGAGAUGCUCUGGUUUGUUCACCUGUGCUAUUAUUGAUAGGUAAAGAUUGGUAUUUAGGUGGAGCCGUGAUGUAGCUAGGCCCUGAAAAUAUUUUCUCAUCUCUGUCUCUUCCCUUCCUGUUAGCGUUGUUGUUGUUUUUAACAGCAUUUCUUGUUAAAACACCAAAGGAGAUUCUGGAAGGAUUAGAGUUCGAAUUUGUUUCAUAGAUGACUUUAAUUCCCACUUUCAGGGUCCGGUAAUUAUUGUGUUUUUCUGAAUCUCUUUGAUGUUGCUCGUAUUAUAGAAGCAGCCUAACUGUUCCCUUUCAUGGGCUUCAAUAGACUUCAAAAGCGCCCCCAAAUUCUUCAAAAGGCCUAAGCCAAAACACUCCUUGGCAUCAAGGAAGGACGGACAUGUCCCCAGCAAGGCAAGGUUUGAGUUGGCUGACCAUCAAAGAUGCUAAACUAGCCAGCUUUGUAGGGUGCCAGUAUGGUCCUUGUGAAUCAGAGUUGUUUGGAAAUAGUCAUCUUUGUUUAUUGAGAUUGCAAAAGAACAGAGCCACCAAAGGAAGCCUCGUUUUGGUUUUAAACGAGUCGUCAUUGUUUUCUGACUUCCCUCGCCUUUGAACAGCCAAGGAAGCCUCCUAGAAUCAACCGUUCCUCAUGAGGCUUGGUUUCCAGACCCUUGAUCAUCUUGGUUGCCCUCCUCUGCACACAUUCCAGCUUGUCAAUAUCCUUCUUAAAUUGUAGCACCCACAACUGGACACAGGUGUGGUCUGACCAAGGUUCUAUUACUUCCCUUGAUCUGGGCCCUAUACUUCUGUUGAUGCAGCCUAGAAUAGCAUUAACUUUUGCUGCUGCUGCAUCACACGGUUGACUCAAGCUAAGCUUCUGGUCUACUAAGACCCAUAGAUCUUUUUCACAUGUACCAUCUAGAUGUCCCCCAUUGUACAUUUGUACAUCUGGUUCUUCCUGCCCAAGUGCAGAACCUCACAUUUGUCCCUAUUGAAAUUCGUAUUGUUCCACUUCUCCAAUCUGUUCAGGUCAUCUUGAAUCCCAAUUCUGUCUUCUGCGGCAUUAGCUACUCCUCCCAGUUUGGUGUCAUCUGCAAAUUUGAUAAGCAACCCCCCCACACCCAAUUCCUUCACCCAAGUCAUUUAUAAAGAUGUUGAACAACAAUGGGUCCAGGACAGCUUCAGGCAAAAUCUCAUUUUUUGGGGCAAGCACAUGGGAUAAUAGAUUUUAGGGCAGAUAGUCAGAUUUCCUUAGAUUAGGAGUCCACAACUGGUAGCUCAUGGUCAAAUAAAUCUACCACAGAUCACCUCUACAAAGUAUACUUCAUGGUUCCCUGUAUAUCAAACAUCUUUCCACCUCUGCGAUUCCUCAAAUUGUAGAGGAUGGACUAUGGACUCUUUGCCCCCAGUAUGGGGAGGGAUUGUAACUCAGUGGUAGAGCAGGUUGUGGGCAACCAGGAAGUCCAAGGUUCAAGACCUGUCAGCUUCUUCCUGAUGACCUGGAGAACCAUUGGAAGUCAGAGUGCACAAGCCUAGGCUGAAUGUAGCGAUACCCUAACCUGGUAUAACAAGGCUUUCGUAUCCCUAUGUCCUGAAAAUGUAUUGUUGUUCACUGUCCCCUAAAACACACCAUUAAGGAUGGAUAUCCCUCUCCCCAAGUUCAGCGGGGCUUAACUCCAGGUAAGUCUGCAAAGGAUGGCCGCAUCCAAUCCUCACUGAUGGGACUCUGUUGGUUUUUUACAGAUAUUAUCACUACCUGUACACUCAUUUCUUGCCUGCCAGCCUGAAGAACAUGGUGGACCAAUUGGCCAACUGCGAGGACAUUUUGAUGAACUUUUUAGUGUCGGCUGUGACAAAAUUGCCACCAAUCAAAGUAACACAGAAAAAACAGUAUAAGGAAACCAUGAUGGGACAGGUAUGUGUCUAGAGACAGCUUUAACCUUCUUGCAGCUAUAUACAUUCUGCACACACACACGCCUUAUAUAAGCAAACACUUUUUUUAAUAGGUUCAGUUCACACAUUCAGAGGAAGCCACCAACAUGCUAUAUCAAGAGGCUUUCUCAUCUUCCCCCAGGCCUUUUGCUAAUUAAACAAUCUAUAUGUCCUUUUAAGGAAGGGCUUGUUUUUGUUUUGAUUUGUUACUAUAUUGUGUGUUUUUGUAGUUUUAUAUUGCAAACCACCCUAGGAUCCUCGGAUGAAGGGUAGCAUAAAAAUUAGUUAUUAAUCAGAAUAAUUCCAAGUUUUAUUGUCAGGUUGUCUGCAAACAUGUAGCCAGAAUAUUGCAUCUCAUCUUGGCUACUUUUUUUAAGUACAGUGGUACCUCAGGUUAAGUACUUAAUUCAUUCCGGAGGUCCGUACUUAACCUGAAACUGUUCUUAACCUGAAGCACCACUUUAGCUAAUGGGGCCUCCUGCUGCUGCUGUGCCGCCGGAGCACAAUUUCUGUUCUCAUCCUGAAGCAAAGUUCUUAACCUGAAGCACUAUUUCUGGGUUAGCAGAGUCUGUAACCUGAAGCGUCUGUAACCCGAGGUACCACUGUACAGUCAUACCUCGGGUUACAAACACUUCGAGUUGUGCGAUUUUGGGUUGCUCACCGCGCUGCACCUGGAACUACUGGAACGGGUUACUUCUGGGUUUCGGCGCAUGCGCAGAAGUGCUAAAUCGUGCUUUGCGCAUGCGCAGAAGCGCUGAAUUGUGAUCCGCACAUGCGCAGACUCAUGGGUUGUGAACGCUGUGGGUUGCGAACGUGCCUCCCGCACGGAUCAUGUUCGCAACCCGAGCGUCCAAUGUAAUAGCAUGAUCUGGUAAUACAGGAUUGUGAUGGCUUGGAUCAUGUGAACACCAAAGAGAGCUGCUUGACAUGUUAACGCAAUUAUCAGGUAAAUCUAUCCUGAAAAGCCAUGCUUCCGUCAAUAUGAUAGAGGGCAUGCAUAUUUGUCAGUAUCGCCAGUAAACUCAAAAAGCCUGAGCAAGUUUCUAGUUCACAAACAGCCUUACUUAACACGCCUCUCUACGCAUGUGUACCUGCUUUAGUCUUCUGCAGUUUCUCUUCCUGCUGAUAAAGGCCACUUUGCUGUAAGUGGGAGACCAUUUAGAAGUCUAUAAUAAAAGUCCUGACACCUUAUGGUCUUAAAACCCUGAAAAAUAAUGUAUAUAAAUAUAUAGAUACAUAUAUAUAUAUAACAAUGAAAUCUUUGUGCUGUUCAAAAAAUAACUCGAAGCCGUCAUAGUCUGAGAGGAGGAAUGUUCUCAAACUGUGCUGUGACAGAUGUGAUAUUCUAUUUUUGAAAUGAUUCUUUCAAGUGACUUCCCAUAAGAAAACAAGAAGAUCACUUCAUAAUUGUUUCUCUGCCGCCCCAAAACGAUUCAGCAGCUUGCGUUAACUGUGGGGAUGCAAUAUGUGGUUCUUUCUUGGCAUGCAGCCUUUCCUUUUCUGGCUUUUGGGAGCUGCCCACAGAUAAGACGUCACGGAUCACACACUGAUUUUGCCUUUGCUUGGGAGCUGCUAAAUUAAUUUAGAAUUAUUUUCAUGGGCAGCACUCUUUUUUUAAAAAAGGCAUUAGUUUUUAAGACUUACUGGGUCAAAAUGCCCUUUGAGUAAACAUGUGCCUAGCUACUUCCCUGUGCUCUACUUUACAAGUAACACUAAACCAUGGUUUAAGCAUGACAAGAAUGAGCGCUGCUGCGAGGAGGAGUUUGGGAACAUCUACUUCCAUUUUACCUUAACCAGAGUUUUUGCCCCUAAAUGGUAUGGAUAGUGAAAUGUUAGUUUAAAGUUGGCUGGUUUCCAGUAACAAAAACUAGCCUAAAUUAUUAAUUAAUUAAUUAAUUAAUUAAAAUGUGAGGUAAAAUCAACUGUGCCUCUUUCUAGAUGCAGUUUUUAUAUUUCUAUUAGGUUUUUUAACAUAUCAUUUUCAACAAUUAUAAAACAUACUUUUAUAUCUUAUACAAUUUUUUUGACUUCCAUGAAUCACAUCUGAAAAUUUUCCAAUCUUUCCCACUAAAUUUACAUUUCUUACUUUCACUAUUACAUUUAAGUAUCAUAACUGAUGUCUCUCUUCUUUAUCUUCUUUGCAAUAUUUCAUAUAUUCCUCCUUACAAAACUUCUUGCAGUCCUACUAGCGUAAUUUGUUGAUUACAGUUGCUCUUCAAAUAGUUCGUAUAUUUCUUCCAAUCUUCUGUGAAUCUCUGGUCCUGCAGUUUUUAUAAGCACUUACUACUAUUAUUUUAUUUUAAUCUGCUGCUCAAUUAAUUAAUUGUGGGGACAUCUUUCAAGUCAAUUUUAAUGGUUUAGUUUUGUGGAGGGUUAUGUGAGAUUAAUUGAACAUUGCAGGCCUAUCCUUGACUCCCGUUUGUUUGAUUUCCCCCGCACAGACCUCCAGGGCUUCUCGGUGGGCCGACCCAGACCACUUUGCUCAGAGGCAGAGCUGCAUGAACACUUUUGCCAGCUGGUUUGGCUAUAUGCCGCUGACCCAUUCUCAAAUGAGGCUCGACCCCGUACUCUUUAAAGACCAAGUCUCCAUCCUGAGGAAGAAAUAUCGAGACAUUGAACGACUUUGA